AUGCUGGCACAGCUCCAUUCCCGACCCUUAGAUGCCGGUCAUUUUCUGGGGCAUAGCCGGAAGGAUUCCCGACCCUUAGAUGCCGGUCCUUUUGUGGGGCAUAGCAGGAAGGAUUCUCUCAAGCUGGUAAGUGAUGGAUAUUCAUUUACACAAGGAAACAGUUAAAUAUCUGGGAGUCAAAAGCGCCAUUUACUGAGAUAACAUCCUGGCACCUUCAAGGUUCCCCGACUAUAUUUAUUUUUAUAAAAGCCAUUUCUUUCCGUAUUAUCAUUACAGUUUUUUGAAUCCCAUUUCCUGUUUUUAUCCAUCUUUGGUUUCAAAUAUUGCAUAUCUAUGUGAACAUUGUGUCUGUGCAGAGAAUGGCCUAAUGAUAAAUCUUGCCUCAUACUUUGCAACAACAGAGAUUGCUUAGAAAGGGCAAUUGUGGCGCAGAGUUCUAAUUCUGGAUCAGUCACCAUGGAAACCAAUGAAUUGUUGUGGUUAUUUGCUCUACUUUUAGAACGUUACCCCUGAAUUGCUCUUUAUAUUUAAACCCCAUAUUUGUUUACUAAACUCUCCCUUGGAUGCUUCACUGUAGUACAGCGUUAAUACCCUCCUCCUAAGCACAGUUUGUCAUUUGUAUCUAAUUUGGCUGUUCUACUCAUGUUCUCCAAUUGAAAUCAAGCACGAUUAUUGCUUCCAUUUUUAGAAUAUAUGGGAGCUGUUCACUUUUGUAUAGCACACCCUCAAUGGCUUCCACUAAAUGAAUGGAAGCACUGAGUCCAUUAAUCUCACCACUCUAGUGAUUAGAGUGUCAGUCGUGCCUUGGCGCUCCCGCAUUGUAAGUAAUCAAACAAUUUAAAAAUUAUUUGACUUCUUACCUGGGAUCCACUGAGUGCCGUUUCACUCCUCCUUUACUGCUCACUGAGUAUUAGAAGCCAGAGGUGCAGGGUUUAGCUCAUUGCCUGAGAGUGAUCAGCUGACAAUAGGUUAAAGGGAUUGAUUUUUUUUUUUUAAAUAACUUUUUUUUGCAGAGAAAUGUUUCCUUUGAAAUACACCCAAAAUCCCAGAAACAAAAGAAAUCCAGGGAGAAGAGAGAUAUCAUGGGAUUCGAGGUCUGUAAAUCUUUACACUGGCAGAACUGGGAGCUGGGGAAAGAAAACAUCAAAAUUCUCACCCUGAAAAAUGUCAAAUUAAAAACACAGAAGGUUACGUUCAGGUGAGUAGCAAGUAGUGAUAAAUAGAACCACAAAAAGUGAUCUAUUUUAAAGAUAAUAUUGUUAUUGAGAUGCCCUUUUUUUGCUUUGUGAAAUCUCCAUGGUUAAGUCACCCUAUCACCUGGAGAGGGUCUUUGCAUUUUUUGCAGAAACUUCCAACCCAACUUGUUCUAUUCUGUGGUGGCAGCUGAGGGGAGAAUAAAAGGUGUACAAACUUACAUAAAGCACAAGCGUACAAAACAAAGAUCAGAGGACAGUGGGCCCAACUUAGAUCUUCUUGUGCAUUCGCGAUGUGACGCUGUACGAAUCUAUUGUGCAUUGUGUCUAGAUGCCUGUUACCAUGAAAGAAAAAGUGAACUCAAUAUCAACUCAGGGUGUCCCUUUAAAGAAGCCAAUUAUGUCUGCAACGGUGUCCACAUAUUGUGUAGGAGUGAGGUAGAGACAUGUGUUACUAAAUAUAAUUAAUAAUUCUCUCUAUUAUUCAUACAGUGCUCCAAGCACCCCUUUCUUCAGCACACUGUUUCCUCAGCCUCUCACAUUAAUGCAAGGAACAUCGUUCUCUCUCCCUAUCACUUUCAGACCACUGGAAAAGGUAAGAUUGGCACAAGUGAUCAUUUCUUGCAAGGGGUUUAAAGGGUUACUCUAAGUACUACAACCACUUCAGCUUUGCAGCAUUUCACAAUGAAACUCUGGUGUUAUAGUAUAUGCAGCAAUUCCUAUCAUCAUCUGUGAACUGCUAUUGGAGUUAAACUACUUAAAGGGACACUCCAGGCACCCAGACCACUUCUGCCCAUUGGAGUGGUCUGGGUGCCAACUCCCACUACCCUUAACCCUGCAACUGUAAAUAUUGCAGUUUUCAUAAACUGAAAUAUUGACAUUGCAGGGUUAACUCCUCCUCUAGUGGCUGUCUGCUAGACAGUCACUAGAGGGCACUUCUGGGUUUAUAGCGCAGAUUUUCUGUGCUAUAGCGUUGCUGGACGUCCUCACGCUAUGUGAGGACCUCCAGCGUCGCUGAAAUCCCCAUAGGAAAGCAUUGAAAGCAUUUUUCAAGGCUUUCCUAUGGGGAGAUCUAAUAAGCAUGCGUGCAUUGCCGCACAUGUGCAUUAGGUCUUCCCUGCCGCUGGCCGCGCAUUCGCAAUAGGUCUCCCCCGCCGGAUAACGUCGGCAGGGGAGGAGCAUGGGCGGACCCUGAACCAGCACAGAGGGACAUUGGCGCUGGAUAAAGGUAAGUCACUGAAGGGGUUUUCACCCCUUCAGCAACUUGGGAUGGGGGGUGGGAGGGAGAGGGGACCUGCAGUUCCAGGAAAACGGAUUGUUUUCCUGGCACUGGAGUGUCCCUUUAAUUACUUACUUGCGCAUCCGGAAUCUAUUUGGUAAGAGUUUCUUCCUUGCGUGAGAACUUCAUACAGGGAAACUUUCUAGGUAUGUUUUUUUAUUUGCAUUUACAGUUAAAAGAAAGGUAACAAAAUAAUCACUUUUGUAAUUUCUUAAAUAGAAAACGUAUUCUUGAUUCCAAAAGCAUUUCCCCCCCCCCCCAUUUAUGCUACCAAAGUUUAUUAUUUUAAUUUACGUUGUUGUGAAGGAGUUGUCUGACCAUGCCUAGCUCAGGAGAGCCAUUCAGCUUUUCCCGUGAGAGCUGUGGCAUAGGUACACGGCUCACCCCACGUAAGAUAUCAAUCCUUUCUAAAAUAGAUUCACUACUUACUUUGGCACUUCUGGGACUAUAACCACUAAAGCAAGUUCUCCUGACACCAUAACCCAGCCACUCCUGGUACCAUAACCACAACAACUAUUAUUUUGUCACUUGUUAAUUCACCCCAAUUUCCAGUAAAAUAAAUUACUUUCUAUUUUUUUACGCAUAAGUUUAUCCAGUAAUGGUUUUCUGUGUUAUUCUGCCAUCUUGUGGUAAUGGUGAGUAAUGUUUUGAAAAGUAAAAAAAUAACAAUUGACAUCAUAAAACCAUUGUAUUAUAUUUAAUGUAUAUUCUUUUCAAUUAUUUCUAACACAUAAUAGCGUGAUUAUGAAGAUUCUAUCGUCUUCGAGACAGAGGAAGGCAGUUUUUCAGUGUUACUCAGAGCUACUCUCCCAAGAAACAAGCUACUUUUCCCGGAGGAACUUACCCUUCCCACAUGUGCAGUCUAUCACUCUUCCGAGACAUCAUUUGUCCUACACAACUCAUGGUACAUGAUUUACUGUAAGACAAAGGAAUGAUUCCUUUUUAAAGCAUUGUAAUAAUUAAUGGAUUCUAAAUGUUUGUCUAAAUUCUAAUAUAUUUGGUUAGUGACCUGCCAACAUCGUUCAGAUGGGAAGUAUCAGAACCCUUUGUCCUGAGUCCAGCUAGUGGUGUACUGGACCCACGGUGCGAGACUAGAAUCAAUAUCCUGUUCCAACCACAGGUGGCGCUGGUGUACAGUGUGACAGCAAUAUGUCGAUUUGGAGUGAAUGAGGAAUAUGAGAAGAGCAUGCAGAUCACCUCCAUUGGUUAGUAGACAUUGUCCCUUUAAUUUACCAGUAGGCUUCUUGCUGUUUUCCAAGUGUUGAUUAAUAUAAACCUCACAAUCCUCCAUCAUUUAUUUAAUUAUUUAUAAAAUAUUUUACCAGGAUGGAUACAUUGAGAUUUCUCUUGAUUUCAAGUAUGUCCUGGGUCCACAAAACAUUGCACUGUUACAGUAGGAUACAAUAUUACAAAAAUACAAUAUACAAACAAUAUAUAUAUAUAAACAUACACAUAUAUAAAUUUAAAUAUUUGCUUUGGGAGUUUUAUACUAUUUUCAGCUCAAGAUCUGAUAAUUGUAUUCUGUUCAGUUAUCUAUCAGUAUUACGACAAUGAUCACUACAGCACAGUUUGACACUUGUCUGGGUUCUGUUGGCACCCAAACUGCUUCAGUUUUCUCAGGGUGUUAAAUAAGUAGCUGUAUUGAACAAUUCAACAUCUGAAUUCUCUAAUUCUAAAUAGACCAGAAACCGCAUGUUGGCACCUGACAGAAUGCCAGUAAGUGUCAAACAGGGCUAACAUUGUUUAAUGGGAUUGUACUAGGUAUGUAUUGUGCUUGAUGCUUUCCUUUAAUCUCUUCAUAGGGUCCCUUUCCAUAGUAAAUGUGAUGCUAUUAUCUUGUUCUCUAAUUUCCAAUAUAAUCACAUGUUUAACAUUCUUGUGUAUCCUGAUCUUGGUCUCAUUGUAGUAUUUCAAUAUUUUAUAGGUUUUUUUUUUUUUUUUUACUUCCCCAUUUUCUGUUAAUCUGAAAUUAAUAAAUAUCAGUUUUAUUGCUUGCUUAUAGUUACUUUUUAAUCUACCUAAUCCUUGAGCAUUUUUGUUUGUAAACUUGUUUUUUUUUUUUGCGGUAGGUAAAUACCCCCACCUAGUGGUGAGAUUUCCUGGGGACGCCGGUGGAGAGGAUGAAUCUGCCCUGCAGUUUGGUUCGGUUGCAGUGGGGGCAGUAAAGGAGAAACACAUUGAAAUACACAAUGUGUCAGAGGUAUGUUAUUCAGACAAUCUACAUUCAUCAUUUUACUUUUAUGUCAUUUUAGGACAAUGCGUAUCAUUAAAGUCAGUUUCACAGGUAUUCAAAGGGGAUUACUAGUAUUAACAUUUAAUAAAAAGCAACAACCUUUAUGUGGACUAUUCCUGAGCUGUAAGAUAUAUAUAGGUUUCUAUUUUCUUGAUCACUUAAUAUUUUCCAACAAUGGGAGCAAGACCUGGGGGUGACUCUAAAGGGGGUAGACAAGGAGGAUAUAUGGAAUGCUGCAAAAGGGGUGUCUAUCUGCAUCCAAAACUAGGAACAGAUGUACAAAAUUCUGAUGUGCUGGCACACCAUCCCAGUCAAGCUCUUCCGUAUAGGGAGAACAACCACAGACCUAUGAUGGAGGUCAUGCAGUGAUAAAGACAAUAACUACAGAUGUGGUGGUGUUGUAAGGUAGUAUCAUUCUGCAUCGAUAUCCUGAACCUCCUCUCCUGAGUAUUUCACAGGCACGUUCAGUAGCACCUGUGUUCCUUUUUAUUAUCCAAACCACUGAAUGGGUUCCCUACACUAGAAGAAAUGAUAUAAUAAGACCACACUGGCAGCCCGUAGGGCUGUGAGUUGGCUACAGACAGAACUCCAUUCACUGCAGGAGGUAAUAGCUAAAAUGAACGAUUCACACCUAAUGGGCAUGCUCACAGCUACCAUACAUAACUCACUACCCAGGUAUGAAAGAUCUGAUCCCCAUGGUAUGAUUAUACUACUGGAUGGGGUAUUAUCUCAUAAGACCAUGGCUAGGGUGGAGGGAAUCCAGCACACUGGGGCAAUAGCUCAAUAACAGGAGGACAGGUUGUAUGGCACAGAGAGAAUGUAUUUUUCUUACUUCUGUGUUGAGGUUUUUCUUUGGGGCUUAGCAUUAUUUACCAAAAGCUGGUGUGGUGCUAUGCCAGAGCAACUUGCAAUGACCCCUGGACUGAAACAGUUUCUUCCAAGAUGAUAGUAUUGUGCCUUGUACCAAAUGUAAUUGUACUCUGUUUUGCUGCACUGGUAUCUAAAUAAAGAAUUUAAAGAUUUUUAUCCCACUUGCAGAGACUGAAAUAGCCCUGCAUUGGUUUUGCUCAUUACAAGCUUUUGGAGGAGGAUAGUGACUCAGGGUCUCAAAUCAGGACUGUUCUAUCAAGAUCCAAGACAGUUCAGGGGCUUCCGUUAGAAUAUACCAGGAAAAUAAAAUGUGGGAUCCUAUGCAUAGUAUAACAAAUUAUGCGCAGGCACAGUAAGAUUUAUAAUAUCUGUAUAACCCAGUUUAUGUGAGAACCUGACUUUUACAUUUUUUUUUAUAACCUACAGGUAGAUUCACCUUUUCGAAUUGAACGUGAUAAGAAACCCCCUCAGGUGGACUGUAAUUUUUACUGUGACAUUGAGCACGCAGUCGUUCCUGCGCAGGGGACACUCAGGAUACCAUUGCAGUUUCGUCCACGUAUUGUUGGAAUGGAGAGCGUGGAUUAUUUCCACGUGAUCCCAGUUGGUAACUUCACAAAAUCCAUAAUUAAAGUUUCAGGGACGUGUCAAGGUAUGAUCUGUGUUUCUGAGCUGCUUUCUUUAUUAGGAAAUUUAACCUGUUGGAUGAGCUAUUAAUUUUCUCUUCUGCCUGUGUUAUCACUUUUUCUUGGAGGCCCAUGUGUGACUCUCCUGAAGUCUGUACUGAACUUUGGAUUGGUGAAUCUGGGGGAGCAGAUUCUGCGCACAUUUGAAAUGACCAAUUCUUCAGAUGUACCAGCCCACUACCAAUUCUAUAUUGGCAACAAAGAAAGUGUCUUCUCUUUUGAUCGGCUCUGUGGCAUUAUUGGUCCACAGGAAACUCAGACACUGCAGGUCAUCUUCUCUCCACUCCACCCUAUCCCGCACUAUCGGAGGGUUGCCUGUCUCAUCCACCAUCAGGUCAGACCUUAGUUUUCUUAUUCAUUUCAUCGAGCUACAGACAUUUGAGUGUAAUGCUGGUUUUAAAACAAAACAGUUAACUGUGGCUAAUCUCUUAUCUCCUAGUCAGUGAGUCUCUGCAAUAAUCUACAUGUGCCCUUGGGGUUUAAUGGAGCUGGGGUAGGCUGGGAUAUGAUAUCUUAUUGCUUGAAUCUCAUUGUAUAUUUUCUAUUAACAGCUAAUUAGUUUUUUCAAUACUACUAUCCUUAAUGUAUAGGGUUAACUCUUUUAACUCUUUGAGUGGCUAGGUUGUGACCAGUGCAUACUUCAGGAACUCAAAGGGUUAAAUCAACCAAAUCAGUAAUAGUCACUUGAGUUCAUAAACUACAUUGCAUUAGAGCACAGGGCCCUCGAAAGGCCAAUCAUGGAGACCCCAGCUGCUAUAGAACUACAACUCACAUAAUGCUUUGCUAACCCUACAGCUGAAAGCAUCAUGAUAGUUGUAGUUAUUCAGCAGAAUCUACCUGUUGGCCACCACUGCUUUAAGGUACGGCAUCUGUAGUAUAUUACAAUUUAUACUGACAGCCAAACUCUGUAUAUAUUACAAUGUAAAAUUAAACUGGUUUUCCCCUUUCUUUUUGCAGGGCCCUCUGUUUCUGGAUUUAAUCGGUACAUGUCAUUCUGAUACGGAUAAGCCGGCGAUUGUGCUCCCCAAACAUCUUCCUUUAUACAGGAAGAACCUUGUGCUGGGGCUGACAGCUUACCCCCCUGACAUUCUAAAGGCUAUGUUAGAGGAGGGGAAGCUGGGGAAAGACUCAGAGGGAGCUCUAAUGCUAUUGGCAAAGGUAUUUAACUCAUUUAUAAUCCAGCUAAUAAAAUAAUGAAGUUUAAAAAAAUUAAUAAAUCCUAGAAUAUGCAAAUAGCAAAUAUAUAAAAGCUUAAAUAAAUUACGCAAGCUUCAAGUAAAUUGAUAACUAUGUGUAAUAUAUAUGUAUGUGUGUAUAUAUAAAAAUACAUAUAUUUCAAAAGAAAAAGUAGAAACUCCCACUGCUGCUCUAAACGUUUUAUUUUUUAAUAUUACCACUCAUUACCCUCUACAUUAAUCUACUCCGGAGUUCCAUUUUCAUUAGUGGCUAAACACUUGCUUGCUCUAUAAUAUAGUUAUAUCCAUUUCAUCAAUGAGAUACGGUGGAUAUCAAAGGGGAAUGUAUUAUUCAGGAGGGAAAUUUAUGUACCAGGAAGACACUAAGAGUCUUCUAAUAAGUUUAUUAAGUUACAUAUAAAUCAGAAAACAGUCAUUAGUCAUAAAUAUAAUACCCAAACUGUGGUGAGCGCUGGUGGACACGUUUUGUAUAUAGCAUGCCAUUGACAGAGUGUUGUGUUAGGCCACAGGGGCAGAGGGAGGGUUGGUCUUCCAUAAUCACAAACAGGACUCACAUUUUACAAACCAGUAGAACCUUAAUUGCUCUUCGUAAGUAAACCCAUGAUGUCUACCAGUUAUAGCAGCCAGCAUUAUCCAUCAGCCUCACAUUCUGCUCACUCAGCCUGUUCCUGCUUCUGUUUUGACACAGUGAAAGCAUUAACCAAUUGUUACUCAAUGUUGAAGUUCAGUAAAUUGUUUGUCCUAGAACACACUGCUCAUGCAAGGAUUACUACACAUUUAGUUGACAUGUCAGAGUGGAAGAAUCAAUUUUUUGGAUAAGCUAACAUCCUUGUUUUCCAGGGUGACCAUGACGAAGUGCAUGAGAAACACACCAGCAUGGACCCAGUGUGUGAAUUCUUUGAUGAUGAGUUUAGCAUUGAGAAUGCAACAUUUCCACCCCAUGUCACAGCUUCUACACGAGAUUUUGAUUUUGGUUGUUGCACUGAAAAUUCCCACAAUGCAUCUCUCCCCUUAUCUUUGACCAAUCACACUAAAGGAAAAGUGACCGUCACCUGGACUUCUAAACCUGACUGUCCCUUUCAGGUCAACCCAGAGUUUACAGAGAUUCCACCUCUAAAGUCCACAGCAUUAACAGUGAGCUUCCAUCCAUCUCAGGCAAACACAUUGUACGCUGGGGAGCUGGAAGGUUUCAUCUUCUACAAGGUGGGUGAGCAGAGGUGGGACAACUGCAGGUCCACUGGGUGAUGGUUGCCUCAGAUCUGUCCAGCCUUCACUGGUCUGCUAUUGUUAGACUAUAAUUCUUAACCAUAGGCUUCCAAGGAAGGAUGGCAUAUAUUGCCCAACUACAAGUGGAAGGGCAGGGGUAGACACAAGUGCUCUUUCUUCAUAUUGGUACAGGAAUAUGUAACUGUCUGAAGGUAGAGUAUGGAAUCAAGCUGAUAUUUCUGAAACAUCGUACUAUGGAUAGUGUCAUACCAGGUUAUGAUCAUACUGUAUCAUUUAAUAAGAAAUAAUAGGUCACUUAAGGUUGAAUGCAGAGAAUCUAAGAAUUGUAGAAUUGUCCAAACUUCUGUCCUAUAAGUCAGUCAGCAAACUGUAAUUUGAGUCUCAUCUGGUCAGCUUUCCUGUGUCCAGUGUGUAAUUUCUAUUAUGAUGACUCUCCUUUUACAGGUGCUGCGGAAUUACCGCAAUGUGGAGGACGUCACAAUGUGCAUACCAUGGUGCAUUACACUUCAAGCAAGGGGACACACUUUUGAGUUGGGCCACCAGCACUUUGUCCCCAGCUGUGUGCUAGAUUCUCCUCGAAUGGUAAGAAUGUUAUCUAGAAGGUAGUAAGAGAUUCAUUAGAGCAUGCAAUAAACUGCUCUGAUAUAGGAAAUGCUGCAAUUAAAGAAAAUGUGAAAAAACUAAACAAAAACAAUCCAUCCUGAUAGAUACCUGGAGCUGCUUUCAGAGUUUGCUUACACCUGUCCACAAUGCUGUCAUCAUUCCACUGGGUGGGGGAGGGGGUGAUGUACUGGAAGUGCACGUACACCGUUUAACUAUGCUAGUUACUGAGAUGUAGUGAGAGUAAAUUUACACCUGUGACACCUGCCUGAGGAAAUGUAUGUACCCUAGUCAACAAUGAUGUCACUUACACUGGGGGAUGUAGUGAGCAUACAUGUACACCUGCAACCACUCACGGGGAAUUUGUGUACAUUUGCAUCCACACAAGCUGAGUUCUCGUUCUCCUAAAUGUGCCUUAAUUCUGUUACUGAACUUGUGGCAUCAGGAAUUCAUGUAUUUCUCUUUAAAACAUUUCUCAUUGAAACUGGAAAGUGAAGCGAACAUAGUGUAUGGUUAAGAUAUAAAGCACAUACAAUGACAAAACCUUUUUUUUUUUUUUUUUUUAAAUUACCCCUCAUCAAUCUCUACAUUAAUCUACUCCAGAGUUCCAUUUUCAUUAGUGGUUAAACACAUGCUUGCUCUAUGGCAUUGUUUUAUCCAUUUCAUCAAUGAAAUACGGUGGAUAUCAAAGUAAAUCUGAAACUGUUCUUUUACCUUUACUCCAGGUAUUCCCCCCAGUAAGACAGGAUGAGCAGACACAGCGCUCCCUGCUGCUUCUAAAUACUGGACCCUCACCCAUGAGCUAUGCUGUAGACCAAGCUAGCUGCCCAUCUGUCCAGGCAAAACCAGCAGCAGGUCAUCUGUCUUCUGCUUCCCAUCAAAUUGUGCUACUGAGAACCAGCCCUAACCAAGCGGCACUGACCAGGCACUGCCUACCUGUACAGUUCAACUUCAGUCCUGACUACAGCCAGGUAAGUCUGGUGGGAAUGCCAAUAUAACGACUAAUUCCACCUAUGCCUCUCUUACUCAAACAAAAAUGAACAAUUGGAAGUUUUCACACUUUUUUAUCAAACACAAUUCUGAAAAAAAACAUAUUAACUUAGAAGAAAAAUAAAUCUAUGUGUCUAAUUUGUUAUGACUUUUGCAAUUAAAGGGACAGUAACUCUGAUAAGAGAUAACUCAUAUUAAAGGUAGAAUGGUAAAUUUAUUAAGAUUUCCAAUGACAGAUAUCCACCUGACAACAUAUAGGCUCAUCAUUUUUGGUAUCUUAAAUAUGUCAGUAUGUAUUGUUUAUAUUUGUAGCUACAAAGCACAAGUAAAAAAUAAAAUGCCUAUUAUUCCAAAUGUAUGUAAUCAGUCAGGUGGAUAUUAAGAACCAUUCGAACUUGUUCAUUGUUUAAAAUAUAAUCAAGCAUUUAAGCAGUCACACACAUAAACAACCCUGAUUAAUAACAUUUUAUUGGUUCCCAGAUCUCAUAAGGUUUUUCCAUCAGUUAGUAAAUAUUAGGCAUCAUAAAUGAGAUUGAUUGAGCGCAAUAAGCCUGCAUUCAGCAAGAUAUUGUGUAACCAAUUAAUUUACUCCUUGAUUUAUUAAGACAUUAUGCAGUUAUAAUAAUGAAUUAGCCCUGCUGGAAGCAGGUCUUCUUGUUUGAUUACCUUCCUUUGACAAUAGGGACAUUAUUGAACAGAAUAUCAGUAGGUCCUCACUAAUUAAGCCAGUCAAAGCAGAAAGUCGUACAUAGGGUUUUCUGUUUCUCUGCUUCAGAAAGGAAUGUCUGUGUACCUCAAUCAGCGAGCUGGGAGCGCACACCACAUCUCACCCAAAGGGGAAGCAAAUUAGUGUUUUUUAGCAAAAGCAUUGAGUGGGCCAUCUCCAAAAUGAGAAUGGGAAGUGAAUUGAGCUAUAAUGCACACCCUAGUCCAGAUGAUUAAUGGCUGUCAAAACAACUCAUACUUAGCUUCCCUAUCUGCAGCCUGUAAGGCAAACUAUGUCUAUGGGCAGAACAUUUCUCUUUAAAUGAUUUGAAAAGGUGUCAGUUUAACUAUUGGUUAACUAUCUAGAUCUGUUAGUCUUUUUUUUGUUUUGUUUUUGCAGAGUAAUUUUUAUUUAAACAUAUUCAAAAAGAAUUACAUUAGGGGGCAGAAUGAAACAAGUAAAGAUGUCUGUAGAUAUUACAGUGCUAACAGAAAAUAUACAAAAACUAUUGGCCUCUAUAGUGUCAGCGAACUGUUGGGUGAUUGCAUUAAGGAAAGGGAAUUGCUAAGGGUAGAUGGCCAGGGGGAAGGGAAGAAGAAGAUAAGGUUUAAGAGGGAGUGUCAGGGGAUAAGGCAGAGAGAAAAGUUAGAGGAAGAGGAAGACACAGGGAGGAAGGAAAUAAUUAAAAGAAUGAGAGGAAAGUGGUAUUGGAGUUAGUGAAGUCAGUGAGUGAGGACUUAGGAUUUGAACUGUGUGUGCUCCAGGCUGGUGUAUCAUGAUCACCUUUUGUCUUCUUUUCCCCUAGGAAAUAGUGCUAUUUUCUCGUGCUGAAAAACCACUGCUGAUGCUGGAAGGAGAUGGGAAGUUCUUCUUUAAGCCCACCUGUGUUGGCACCCAGUCUGAUUACUCUUACUCCAUAAAGAAUUGCUCCAGAGUCCCUCUGAAUUUUGAGUGGAAGAUACAGCAUAUGCAUAAAUCAUUCAUCUCAGUUAGCCCUGUAUAUGGAGUUAUCAGACCCAAUGAGAGCAUGGUAAGCUCCAAUCUAGUUAGUCCUACAUGUGGAGUUAUCAGACCCAAUGAGAGCAUGGUAAGCUCCAAUCUAGUUAGUCCUACAUGUGGAGUUAUCAGAUCCAAUGAGCGCACAGUAAGCUCCUAUUCAUUCAGCCCUACAUGUGGAGUUAUCAGACCCAGUGAGAGCACGGUAGGCUUCCUUUUCAGUGAGUCCUACAUGUUGAGUUAUCAGAUGUAGAGAGAGAGCAUUGAAAGCUCCUAUUCAGUUAUCCCUACAUGUGGAGUUAUCAGACCCAGUGAGAACAAGGUAAGCUCCUAUUCAGUUAGCCCUACAUGUGGAGUUAUCAGAUCCAGAGAGAGCAUGGUAAGCUCCUAUUCAGUUAGCCCUACAUGUGGAGUUAUCAGACCCAGUGAGAGCACGGUAGGUUUCCUUUUCAGUGAGUCCUACAUGUUGAGUUAUCAGAUGUAGAGAGAGAGCAUUGAAAGCUCCUAUUCAGUUAUCCCUACAUGUGGAGUUAUCAGACCCAGUGAGAACAAGGUAAGCUCCUAUUCAGUUAGCCCUACAUGUGGAGUUAUCAGAUCCAGAGAGAGCAUGGUAAGCUCCUAUUCAGUUAGCCCUACAUGUGGAGUUAUCAGACCCAGUGAGAGCACGGUAGGUUUCCUUUUCAGUGAGUCCUACAUGUUGAGUUAUCAGAUGUAGAGAGAGAGCAUUGAAAGCUCCUAUUCAGUUAUCCCUACAUGUGGAGUUAUCAGACCCAGUGAGAACAAGGUAAGCUCCUAUUCAGUUAGCCCUACAUGUGGAGUUAUCAGAUCCAGAGAGAGCAUGGUAAGCUCCUAUUCAAUUAGCCAUACAUGUGGAGUUAUCAGAUCCAGAAAGAGCAUGGUAAGCUCCUAUUCAGUUAGCCAUACAUGUGGAGCUAUCAGACUCAGUGAGAGCAUAGUAAGCUCCUAUUCCGUUAGCCCUACAUGUGGAGCUAUCAGACCCAGAGAGAGCAUGGUAAGCUCCUAUUCAGUUAGCCAUACAUUUGGAGUUAUCAGAUCCAGAGAGAGCAUGGUAAGCUCCUAUUCAGUUAGCCAUACAUGUGGAGUUAUCAGACCCAGUGAGAACAUGGUAGGUUUCCUAUUCAGUUAGCCCUACAUGUGGAGUUAUCAGAUCCAGAGAGAGCAUGGUAAGCUCCUAUUCAGUUAGCCCUACAUGUGGAGCUAUCAGACCCAGUGAGAGCAUGGUAGGUUUCCUAUUCAGUUAGCCAUACAUGUGGAGUUAUCAGAUCCAGAGAGAGCAUGGUAAGCUCCUAUUCAGUUAGCCAUACAUGUGGAGCUAUCAGACCCAGUGAGAGCAUAGUAAGCUCCUAUUCCGUUAGCCAUACAUGUGGAGCUAUCAGACCCAGUGAGAGCAUGGUAGGUUUCCUAUUCAGUUAGCCAUACAUGUGGAGUUAUCAGAUCCAGAGAGAGCAUGGUAAGCUCCUAUUCAGUUAGCCCUACAUGUGGAGUUAUCAGACCCAGUGAGAGCAUGGUAGGUUUCCUAUUCAGUUAGCCAUACAUGUGGAGUUAUCAGAUCCAGAGAGAGCAUGGUAAGCUCCUAUUCAGUUAGCCCUACAUGUGGAGUUAUCAGACCCAGUGAGAGCACGGUAGGUUUCCUUUUCAGUGAGUCCUACAUGUUGAGUUAUCAGAUGAGAGAGAGAGCACGGAAGCUCCUAUUCAGUUAGCCCUACAUGUGGAGUUAUCAGACCCAGUGAGAACAUGGUAAGCUCCUAUUCAGUUAGCCCUACAUGUGGAGCUAUCAUAUCCAGAGAGAGAGAGCACGGUAAGCUCCUAUUCAGUUAGCCCUACAUGUGGAGUUAUCAGACCCAGUGAGAACAUGGUAAGCUCCUAUUCAGUUAGCCCUACAUGUGGAGCUAUCAUAUCCAGAGAGAGAGAGCACGGUAAGCUCCUAUUCAGUUAGCCCUACAUGUGGAGUUAUCAGACCCAGUGAGAACAUGGUAAGCUCCUAUUCAGUUAGCCCUACAUGUGGAGCUAUCAUAUCCAGAGAGAGAGAGCACGGUAAGCUCCUAUUCAGUUAGCCCUACAUGUGGAGUUAUCAGACCCAGUGAGAACAUGGUAAGCUCCUAUUCAGUUAGCCCUACAUGUGGAGCUAUCAUAUCCAGAGAGAGAGAGCACGGUAAGCUCCUAUUCAGUUAGCCAUACAUGUGGCGUUAUCAGACCCAGUGAGAGCAUGGUAGGUUUCCUAUUCAGUUAGCCAUACAUGUGGAGUUAUCAGACCCAGUGAGAGCAUGGUAGGUUUCCUAUUCAGUUAGCCCUACAUGUGGCUUAUCAGGCCUAGUGAGAACAUGGUAAACUCUUACAAACGUUUAGUCACUGACAAACGCUGUUAUAAGUGCACAGAUAUUCUCUCAGGCAAAUGGGUUCACUUCUUUAACAUUCAUUCUUUAAUUCUUUUCUUUAACAUACACACUUUUUACAUUUUUUUUCCCUAUUCUUGAAGGCUCAGAUUUGGUCAUUUGUGCCACAAGAAGAAAAUGUAUAUGUUGCUAAAACUACUGUGCUGACUUGGGCAGCUGAAAAUUCUUCUGAGGCCAUCAAGAAGACCUGCUACAUCCUUCGCAUCAGUGGAGAAGGCUGCAAGGGGUCUCUCUCUGUAAGUUACACAAACACUGGUUAAAUAGCCUUAAAGAGAAGCUGUAAAUAUUAAAGGGACACUCCACUGCCGAAAUACAAAAAUAAAAAAUAAUCACAAUUUUGGUAGAUAUGCCCACAAUGAAAACAUGUAUGCAUUUAAUUGUUCAUUUUUUUCAUUUGAGUUAUAUCUAAAAACAACUUGCAAAAGCUCUUAUCUUAUGUUUGCAGCCUUUGCAAGCCAUUCUCUUCACACCCCACCUAGACUGUCUGUGGCUGUCCAAUCACAGACUUCCGAAUGCAGCUCAAUGAGAAGUCUUUGCAAGGCAGGUGCUCUGAGCAAUUUCUGCCUCUUGAGUUUAGCUGCACUGAGUUAACCAAACCAGGAAGUAACAGGACGAGUGUCUAACUGACAGCCGGCGGGGUGUAACAAGGUUCAUUUAUCACAGUGCAACUUUUAUUUUGUAAAAUGAAAAAAAGAAGACAUACUCACCACACAUAAUGCAUUUCUGCAAGCUAAAGUGCUUUAGGCGUGGCUUUGGAAUGUUUCAUUAAGAAAACUAAACAUCUUAGAACGAGCUGGUCAGUGCAGAUUGGGUCAGUUAUAACCCAGGACAGUGAUGGCUAAUGUUUGACACUCUAUUCAGUUUGAGUGUGAAAGCCUAGUCAUUUCUGUCCUGACAUGCUUUAAAAGAUUUAGACUAGCAGCAGAUUUCCCUGUUUUUAACUCUCACACCUCGAUAUUAUGAUUGUCUAGACUUCUUCUCACGAUUUGCCGGUAUGUCGAUAACAUACAUUUAUUAGAAGAUUCUGAUUUGGGAGGUGAGCAGGCCGUCAGUGAUUAUAAUAAAAACCAGUGUCAGCAGCCUUUAUUAUCCUUUGCCCACAGAUAAUAUAUUGUAAACCUGAUCCACCUUGUGAUAUAAUCCUGGCUAGGCCAAGGGGUACUUGAGAAGCAGUUACACGACAGACGUUAGGGGUAUUGUAUUGGAUAGGAAAUGUUAAUAUCAGGAUCAGUGUUAGGCAGCAUAUGGUGACAGACAGUUUCUGAACCCCCUUGAGUUAACAACACACAGGGUCCUGUUUGGCAGGAUGCUUGCCAGAGCCUCAAGCCGUUACAGGAUGUUUAAUCUGCACAAUGAGCCUUUUGUGUCACACCUGAUGAAAGGGGAACUCAUCUGAAACAUUGUGCUUCAUAUAUUGCUAGUAACGGCAGCAACAUGCUUAACCCUUUGAGUGCAGGUGACGUGUUAAUGCUCUGGAUACAGCUUGCACUCAAAGGCCAUCCAGUUAGGUGCAUUUUACGGGAGGUUUGUUAUUUGCUUAUUCAAUGCAGUUUAGCUGUAGUUUUAGGAUUGGGUUUAUUCACUAAACUGGAGAUUGUGGAGAACUGAGACAGGACCUUCAGAAGUAUUUAAGGUUCAAUGUCCCUGAGACCAGCAUUGUGACUCUGAAGUCUCUGAAUGCAUUGGUGAAGGUAGCAGUGUCAUAGGAGUUAGUGGGGGGGUGGGUGUCUGCGUUUACCCUCACCUACUCCCAGCUUGCAUCAGCAGCACUCCCAUUCAGACUGGUAUAUCAGUACGGUAUAAUGUCCUAUCCUUGAAAAGACUGUGUCAUAUCUUUAUUCUGCCAAGGAGGACUGAUUGACAUCUGUAUUGGCUCUAUCAAAGGGAGACCUCCAGAGAAUGAUUUCCAUCGAUUGGUAAAAUAUGUUAGUUUUUAUAGUUUUUAAUUUAAUUAUUUUGGAGCACAGGGUUUCAGCAAAAUUAACAAGGGUACAUCAGUAUGACAUGCCACUCACUGCAGUAACCGGCCCUACACAGCACACUGUGCCGUCUGUUUGUUAGUUUGAACUUUAAUAAUAUGUUCCACUGAACGAUCCGUGAUGCUUCAGCUCACCACAUGCUACCCAGACUGUUCCCCCAGGCUGAACUCAAUUUAUUUUUCUUCUCAGGUGCAGCAGGAACAGGUGGAUUUAGGGAACAUUCUGGUUGGCAGUUUCCAGUCCUGUAAUUUAUUGCUGUCAAAUGAUGGAGAUUGCACUCUGGAUUAUUCACUGAGUGCUAAGCAGGUCAUUUCAGGUGCAUGUGACCCAGAAGAGUUCAACACUGAUCCAAUCGGUAGGAAACUACUUGUGCCUCACUUCACAUAUUGUUUGUGAAUUCCACAGACAGCUGCAUUGAGUGCCAGAUCUCACGAAGUGCACCGUAGAACACCAGCGAACAUAGCUCUUAUCCUUGCAUAGCUUUAAUCCUUCCCUUCAGAAUUUAAACAGAUCCCGUGCUUUGCAUAUCAUCCAGAGCAACGUGGUUUUCCUUCUUGAGCUGAUAGACAUGAAAACUGCUGCCCUAUAGUAUUAAGCAUUCAUAGGAUUGCAAUAAUGAAAUAUUUAAUCAGGGGAGUUUGUUGUCCCUCCUACAUUUAUCAAAUUAUUUCAUUAGUGCAUUCUUCAGGGCAGCACUUUUCAUGUCUUGGCAGUUAGCAUGCACAAACAACAUAUGUGCAGGAAAAUAUGUUGCUUCUUCCAAUCAUGAUCCACUUCUUCUUAAUAGGGCUAACCUCUUGCAUUCCUACUGUGAGAUAUAUUUCCCAUGAUGGACAGCAAGCUGAAAGGUUGUUCUUUAAAGGUUGGCUUCAUGUGAAAUAUAUCCCACGAGAGCUAGAGAACUAGCUAGCCAUAACUGUACUUUACUAAGCAGCCCCACUGCAAUAAGGCUAAGGGGCCACUUAACCCCUGCACAUGUAUCCAAGAACGAAACUAGUAUACCAGAAUAAAACAGAAUGAAAGGCAACUUAGAAAAACCAUACUUGACUGGGCAGCUUUGGAGCGAAUCUGUCCAUUUCUCAGUCAGAUAUUAUCCAUGCCCACUCAGCUGGCCUGAGGGUACCAGGACUGUAAAUCCAGCCAUGACCUCAUGUUUUUACUUCUCGUGCCCUCUGAGCUCAUUAGAGCAAGCACCUGAUACAUCCCUGUUUGUUUCAUUAAAGCCCUGGAAUUUGAGAACAAUAGAGGGACUCUAACUGCGCGGACCAAGCUCAAUAUCCGGGUAACAGCUCGACCAUCCCGUAGGUUGCAAUAUACUUGGAACAUCAGCUAUCGAAUUAUUGCACCAAAAGGUAAUGUAAAAAACAUUCUUUUUUUUUUUUUUUUGACCUAGUGCCAAAAAGGUACUACAGAUUGAAAAAAUUCAAUCAUCACAAAAUUACCAUUUACCCAGAUGUUUAAAUAUUACUACCAAUCUUAAAAUGCAGAAUACAUGCUCGUAAUUAUCCUUUAGAACAUUUUGAAAAGCUUAUCCAAAACUACUGAAUCAAGGCCACAUAUUUAUUGCACCCUAAUUCCUUAUUCUUUGUACCCUAAUACCUCCUUCCAUCCAUAUUAAACUUUUAUUCAUUGCACCCUAACCCCCUUAUUCAUUGCACCUAUCCCAUUAUUCACUGCACCCUAGCACCUCAUGAUUUGCACAUUAACCACUCAUUUUUUGGUUACGUUUUUUUUUUUAAUAAAAAACAACAACUUGACUCCUAAAUUCCAAGACUUAUAUUUAUGAAAGAUAAUAACACCAUAGAACAAAGCAGUGUUUUAUGUUAAAUUCUAGUUUAUCAUGAGAACCAACCCUACAUUACAUUGUUAAAUCAUCAUUUUAUGUCAAUUUCUAGGUUAUAGGAUAUGUAGGGAACUGCACUCACUCCCAUCAGUCUGAGCCAGGGUGCUUUGCUGUACCAGGAACCAAACACCAAAUUCCAAAAUAUUGUAGAGAAAUAAAGGUCCAGGCACUCCUUGGUUAAAAAAAAUAGGCACUUUAAUGGAACCACAGCAACGUUUCGACCGAAAAGGUCUUUAUCAAGCUUAUUUCUCUACAAUUUCUAGGUUAUGAUGAGAACCAUCUUUUGAUACAUACAGGAACAUCCUGAAGGCAGGGCCGGAUUAACAUAGGGGCUGAUGGAGCUGCAGCUCCAGGCCCAGGCCCAUGGAAUAGGCCCAUUUAAAAAAAAAAAAAAAAUGUGUGUAACGGAUCGCCUGGCACCCCGACUGGGUACCUCCGUUGAAGGAUGCUCCUAGCGCUUCCUGAGGACUCCAAGCACUCUGGCAGACACCACAAUCACCGAACCGGAGAAACAAAUAAAUUCUCCCAAGCAUAUGAAUGCUGCAGACAGUUGAAUAGGAACCAUACGAAUAGGUUUACUCUCCUAGCAGUCAAACUGGAACAGCAUACAAUAAAUCCUUCCCCCAAUAAUGAGACGACACUUCACUUUGAGGGUUAAACAGGAACUCCCUGUACUGUCACAUACAGUCUCUUUUAUUCCCAAUCCACAAACAUAGUACAGCCCACAGGGCGUUACAAAACAACCAAUCACAUAUCAGUUACAUCCCACAUAUUCCCUCCCCUUAUCCUGAGAGGAAACUCAAUUACACAUACAGUUAAAACAUACUUUCUACCCAACUUUCAUAACUCUAAAACCAUACAUCACAUUCACAUAAAAUUACAUAUUCACAAUCAAUCCAUUCAGGGGAACAACAUAUUAAAAAUGGCACGAAUCAGACCAGGGGUUCAAAAGUUAAGGGAAAGUCCUUUGUGACUAAAUGAAGCAUGGCUUUCUGGCCCAAACCAGUUUCAGAGUCUUCUAUCCUGGAGAGUAAUUCAAUUAUCUCCCAGGAUAGACACAAGACUCCAUUAAGCACAUGGUUGCAAAAAGACACAAAACACUUUAAAAUACAUAAAGUCACAUUUACACAUAACACACAGACAUUUCACAUAUCCCCAGAUAGCUGGGAUCUGAGUGCACAUUAUUAGAUGAAUGGCACUCAGAUCACACAAAUAAGCCUUUCUGCAGGGGAAAUAAACAGUUUAACCUGCAGGGCCAUAGUCCAAAGGGAGCAGGCGAGCAACCAGGCUUCUCCAGUUCACAGUGGCGAGGUUGGUUUCGCCACAAUGUGUUUUUUUUUUUUUUUACACACUACUCUUAGGUUUGCCACCUGACUGGUAUUUUACUGGCACAGCCGGUAUUUGAGGCUGCCUGGCCGUGUCGGUAUCGCAGUAAUACCGGCAAUACAAAUGCAGGUAUUUUUCUCAGAAUAAAUGGAGAUUACUCUGCAAUACCAGCACCAGCCAGUAGGGGUCACUGUGUGUGGAGAGAGGCAGGGAUAGGAAGUUACAGCAUAUCCCUGCCUCUCUCUACUACUUACUGAUCUGUGGGGGAGCAGCAACACAGCACAGAGUCCAGACAGCAGCUCUACAGCUCAGGUAUGUGAGGGAUGGAGACACAUGUGGACACUGAGACACUAGGGGACACUGAGACACUAGGGGACAUAUGGGGACACAGACACACUAGGAUACAUGGGGACACAGACACUGGGAGAACUGGAAACACUGAGACACUUGGGGACACUGGAAAACAUGGGGACACUAGGGGACACUGGGACACAUGGGAAUAUUGGGAGAUACUGAGACAUUGGGACACGGAGACACUAUGUCCCCAUUUCUCCCAGUGUCCCCAUGUCCCCCAUCCAGUGUCGCUAGUGUCCCUAAGUCUCCCAGUGUCUGUGUCCCGUGUCUCUCAGUGUGCCUAGUGUCCCCAUGUGUCCCAGUGUCCCUAUAUGUCCCAGUGUCCUCAUGUCUAUGUCCACAACUGUCCCCAAGUCUCCCAGUGUCCCCAUGUCUCUGUGUCCCUAGUGUCUUAGUGUCCCCAAAUGUUUCAGUGUCCCUAUGUCUCCCAGUCUCUGUGUUCCUAGUGUCUCAGUGUGCCUAGUGUCCCCAUGUCUCCCAGUGUCCCUUUAUGUCCCAGUGUCCCCAUGUCUAUGCCCACAACUGUCCCCAUGUCUCCCAGUGUCCCCAAGUGUCUGUCUUCCAGCCAGUGUCCCCAUGUCUCCCAGUGUCCCCUAGUCUCCCAGUUUCUGUGUUCCCAUGUCUUAGUGUCCCCAAAUGUUUCAGUGUCCCCAUGUCUCCCAGUGUCUGUGUCCCCAUUUCUCCCAGUUUCCCUAAAUGUCUCAGUGUCCCUAUGUCCCCAUGUCUCCGUGUCCCCGGGUGUCUCAGUGUCCCCAUGUCUCAGUGUGUCCCCAGUAUCCUAGUGACAUGGGGACACACUGAGACAUUGGGACACACUGAGACAUUGGGAUACUGGGAGAAAUGGGGACACUGGGAGAAAUGGGGACACAGACACUGGGAGACUAGGGGACUGGGCGACAUGGGGACACUGACACUGUGAUACAUAGGGACACUGAGACACUGGGUGACUUGCGAGACUGAGACACUGGGAGCAAUCCAUCUAUACAACAGAAUCAAACUGUGAGUAGUUUGUUGGUGAUUUUACAGAAUUUUAUCUGAUGUCACUCCUUGUGAUUAUACAAAUGAUUAAGGCUGGUAUUUUUUUCCAAAAAAGGUGGCAACCCUAACUACUCUUCACAUACUCUUGCUUAAAGAAGCACUAUAGGGUCAGGAACACAAUCAUGUAUUUCUGACCAGAUUAUGUAAAAACCAACACAAUGGCCCCUUCUUGCCUCCCUAAGUAUAGUAAAAUAUAACUUGUAUUCAAAUCUGCAGCUGCUGGCUCUGCCUCUGAAUUGACUGUCUGCUGAUAUCAUCAGAAGUGGUGGUCUGAGCAAAUUACAAUACUUCCCCAUAGGAUUGGCUGAGACUGUCAACUAGGCAGAUCAGGGGCAGAGCCAGCACAAGUCCAACAUAGCCCUGGCCAAUCAGCAUCUCCUCAUAAAGAUAAUUUGAAUCAAUGUAUCUCUAUGAGGAAAGUUCAGUGUCUGCAUGCAGAGGGUGGAGACACUGAAUGGCAGUGCUACACACUAGGCAGUACUGCCCCAGGAAGCACCUCUAGCAGCCAUCUAAGGAGUGGACAGUGGAGUUAUUUUCUCUGAAAAGACAGUGUUUACUGCAAAAGGCCUGAAUGGAAUGAUUCUACUUACCAGAACAAAUACAAUAAGCUGUAGUUGUUCUAGUGACUAUAGUGUCCCUUUACGUUUGGAAGCUUAAGAGGGAUGUAUGGAAACAAAACUUGUGUGGACUAGCUGACAAUAGAAUUAGUUUAGGUAAUGCAGACGCUGGUCACUCUAACACUGUGGCAUGUCCCCUUUCUUCUACACUCACUACAUACACCUUUUCUCUGUCUCAGACUAUAUACCAGGAACUUCUGCCUGCUAGUAAGAAGGCAAGGAGACAAGUGGACCAGCGAGUGCUAGGGGACAGUCCUUAGAAAGCACGGAGUGAGCGCAUCAUUAGAUGCAUUUAUGUCAAGCUCAUGGUGCUGCCUGCAUAGUAUGCCCUUAGUUGGACAGCCUACAGGAUUGGCGGGCAGCCGGACAUGCAUUCAUGCCAGGCUGUCCUUCAAAUUCUUUGGACAGACAUGCCCCCUUUUUGGGCAUGUUCUCCCCUUUUGGCAGGUCUGGUCACGUAAUUCGCACAAGUGGCCCACACUUUUACCCCACCCAUUGACUUCCUGCUUUACUGGACACUGCUGUUAGGGGUUAUGGAUUUACUUGAAAGAUGAAAGCAUAAAUUAGAGAGAGCUUACCAUAGAGUAUGUGUUUUCCUAUAGCUGCACCCUAUGAGUUUCCCUCCAACACCAUCUCCAUCAGAUACAUGACGCUUGGGAGGUAUGACUGUUUUAUUGUUUUUGGUCGAUAAGAUUCCGUAAUUAGGCCCAUCAUAUUUGUCAGCACCAGGCCCAGUGUGCUCUUAAUCCGGCCCUGCCUGAAGGGUCUAGCAAGCAUUUAAUAGAGCAGAAGAUAAGACAUUCUAAAUUAAACGGAAUUUAAAGGAAUACAGGAAGUGUAAACUUUAGAUUACUCUUUACAGGAAGUGUUUAGGAAGGCUGUGCAAGUCGGAUGCAGUGGGUGUGACUCAAGUUGCAUAAACAAAGUGAUUUAACUGCUAAAUAGAAGCAGUGAAUUGAACAGUAAGACUGUGGGGGUAUGAUCUAUACACCAAAACUGCUUCAUUAAGCUAAAGUUGUUUUGGUGACUAUAGUGUCCCUUUAAUAAAUAGCCCUGUUGCUAUCAGUUACAAUUAACACUCACUUUAUGGAAGAGAUUUAACUGAUAUUGAAAAUGGCAUAAUAUGCAUGGUUUUAUUAUGUCUUAAUGCUAUGGAUAAAAAAAAAAAAAAAAGACAUUUAACCCCUUAAGGACCAAACUUCUGCAAUAAAAGGGAAUCAUGACAUGUCAUGUGUCCUUAAGGGGUUAAAGGGACACUAUAGUCACCUGAACAACUUUAGCUUAAUGAAGCAGUUUUGGUGUAUAGAACAUGCCCCUGCAGCCUUACUGCUCAAUCCUUUGCCAUUUAGGAGUUAAAUCCCUUUUGUUUAUGAACCCUAGUCACACCUCCCUGCAUGUGACUUGCACAGCUGCUAUGUUAAUAGCCUGUAUGUGAUUAAAGUUCAAUUUAGAGAUUGAGAUACAAUUAUUUAAGGUAAAUUACAUCUGUUUGAAAGUGAAACCAGUUUUGUUUUUCGUGCAGGCUCUGUCAAUCAUAGCCAGGGGAGGUGUGGCUAGGGCUGCAUAAACAGAAACAAAGUGAUUUAACUCCUAAAUGACAGUGAAUUGAGCAGUGAAAUUGCAGGGGAAUGAUCUAUACACUAAAACUGCUUUAUUUAGCUAAAGUAAUUUAGGUGACUAUAGUGUUCCUUUAAAAUCAAAUUUCAUCCUCUCCGUAGCAUCGAAUGCCACAAAUCUUUUCAAUGAAGAACAUUUUUUGUGCCGUGUAACUGCAAAUGGCGUUUUGCCUAUAUUCUCCAUCGUUGAUGUGUGCCCGGCUGGCAGUGCCAGCUCUCUCAGUAAAACCCACCUAUGGCGGCUGUUUUCAUUGGAGAAACUGAACGCAUAUCUUGAAAGGGACCCAACGCCUGGAGAACUAAUAUACCGGGUGCCGACCCGACACAGGUAAUGUGGACUAUGAAGAUGUACUUUGAACUAAUAUUACAUUGUUGAUGUAAUAUUUACGGAAAUGCUUUUCUAAUGAUCACAAUCUGUUAGGAAGACGUUUCAAAUGGUUUAUCUACAAAACUUGCCAUAAACUUUAAUUGUGACUUCUGUAGAUAUAUCAGUUGAAAACCUUUUUCUUUUAGAUUGUUAUAAUUUGAAAAUCUUAUCCAAAUAUAUUAAAUCGAGGCCAGAAAUAACAAACAAGUUGAUAGCAGGAGUAAAGGCCUAUUGAGUCCAAUUCCUGGGCAAUUCCCAGAAUUCUCUUUAGCCCUCUAGUUUUGGGUAGGUUAAAUUUCCCAGAAAUGGCUGUAUGCCUAGCUGUAGCUUGAUGCCAAAGGAUGGACACUUCUGGUUUUGGCGCUGCUGUAAAAUAAAAUGUAUAAAUAUGUUUCAAUAUUACAUCUGAACUGACAGCAAACUAAGUAAAUUAAUAAAUAUUAAUGCUGGUAACAUGAACCUUUGUAGUGCAAUUCUAUCUCACCUUCACCUUCACCUUCACAUGUCUAAGAGUGAAUGGGUUACUGCUACAAAUUAAUUUUGUCCUUUACAGGCAUAAUACAUUUUGAAAAUAAUUGUGGUUAAUUUUCUUGUAAUUACAGAGACAUAUAGAAAAACUGAUUUAGAGAUAAACUACUUUAUAUCUCCAAUAGGGAAUGUAGUGCACCUGCCACAAAACGCUCUUUUUGUUUUGACAUUAAGCAAUAUUUCAUUGUCUCUUUAAUAGAACCAGUCCUGUAAUGAGGACUGGCCAUGACAAUUUCAGUUCUAAGAUGAUUAUUUUUUUGUCUUUUUUAUGUCCAGCACUCGUAGAUUUCCUCCGAUAAGCACCCCAGUGCUAGUUGAUUUAAACUUUGGGGCUGCUCCUGUGGGCUCCGAACCCUUUGUGGCCCUUCUCUUGGUGGAGAACAACGGUGUUCAACCUGUCCAGUGGUGAGUAUGCAGGAGCUGGAGCUGCCUGGUGUAAAUGUAUCACAGUGGCGGCAUGGAGCAUUCAUUAUAAUUAGACCGACUCUUAUCCACAGCCAUAAAAUAUUAUGUCUUACUUUAAUAUAUUCUUCUUAACUAAAAAAGGCUUCAUGUGUCUGUCUGAAAUAGUUCCAGGUCUGACAGCAAGAGCUGGUCACAUGAUGAAGUCUAUACACAAAACCCUAAUUCCCUAAAGCAUUUUAUUCUCUAAACAUUUGGCCUGAAUAGCUAACAUGGAGCUUUCCCCCCCAAUCAGACUAUUUUGGUCUGAAAUGAUCAAUUCCUUUUAUAUACGAUUCCUGGUAUAUAAAUUAACAUAAAAGCUGGUUUGAUGAUAGUUGGUUAUAAAUGCAACUAUUAUCCUGUCAACCUGAUCUAAGCUAAAAUCUUGAGUCUCCCAUAAUAAGGAAUUGAACCCCGCAGCUCAGAGCCAGAGAUAUUUGUUCAGCAGGUUCUGCUGAUAACCUCAUUUUCUUCCAGAGGGAAAUAGGAAAUUCGACUUUAAAAAUCCUAAGAUAUGAUAGCUAGCUUUUCAAAUUCCACGAGGCUCAUCUAACCUGGGUGCUCUAGUACCAAGGAUUGCUGUCACAGUCAACAAAUUUAAUUAAGGCCAAAUUUGGAAACAUUUUUCAAAAACCUGCGUUUAGGCUGACAUUAUCUAGUUUGUAUGUCACCAUGUUUUAGUAAAUGCACCCCUAUAACAGUAGACUCUGGUUAAUUAGCUGAUCUACGUAUACACGCCUGGUGUCUAGCUGUGGCUAGUAAGUAACUUUAAUAAAAAAACCAUGACAGUUUUGCCGCCACAAGUUAGGGCUGCGCUUACAGUGGAGUCCAUGUAGUUUACUAAAUCAAGGCAAAUGUCUGAUUUUAUGCUUACAAACUAAAUAUUCUUUAAUAAAUGAAAUAUUAAACUCUAUGUAGGAUAGUACAGAAUGAAAUGCUGUGCAUUGCUGUUCUAUUACAAUGCAUUUAAAAUAAUAAUAUUUUUUUUUUGAUGUGCCAGGGAUUUCUUGUUUCCUUCGGAUCAGCAGAUCGAGCUUGAGCUCUGGGCCGAGGCCUGGGAAUUUGACCAAAGUGAAAUCCACCAACUGAAGAUCCAACACAACAAGUUAUUUACUGUUAGCCCCAAAUCAGGGAUUCUGAACCCUGGCCAGCAGAGUAUGGUACAGCUAAUGUACAGGUGGGUUAUAUAGUACAGAGUAUGGUACAGCUAAUGUGCAGGUGUGUUAUAUAGUACAGAGUAUGGCACAGCUAAUGUACAGAUGGGUUAUAUAGUACAGAGUAUGGUACAGCUAAUGUACAGUUGUGUUAAAUGGUACAGAGUAUGGCACAGCUAAUGUACAGGUGUGUUAUAUAGUACAGAGUAUGGUACAGCUAAUGUACAGGUGUGUUAUAUAGUACAGAGUAUGGUACAGCUAAUGUACAGGUGUGUUAAAUGGUACAGAGUAUGGUACAGCUAAUGUACAGGUGUGUUAUAUGGUACAGAGUAUGGUACAGCUAAUGUACAGGUGUGUUAAAUGGUACAGAGUAUGGUACAGCUAAUGUACAGGCGUGUUAUAUAGUACAGUGUAUGGUACAGCUAAUGUACAGGUGUGUUAUAUAGUACAGAGUAUGGUACAGCUAAUGUACAGGUGUGUUAUAUAGUACAUAGUAUGGUACAGCUAAUGUACAGGUGUGUUAUAUAGUACAGAGUAUGGUACAGCUAAUGUACAGGUGUGUUAUAUAGUACAGAGUAUGGUACAGCUAAUGUACAGGUGUGUUAUAUAGUACAGAGUAUGGUACAGCUAAUGUACAGGUGGGUUAUAUAGUACAGAGUAUGGUACAGCUAAUGUACAGGUGUGUUAUAUAGUACAGAGUAUGGUACAGCUAAUGUACAGGUGUGUUAUAUAGUACAGAGUAUGGUACAGCUAAUGUACAGGUGUGUUAAAUAGUACAGAGUAUGGUACAGCUAAUGUACAGGUGUGUUAUAUAGUACAGAGUAUGGUACAGCUAAUGUACAGGUGUGUUAUAUAGUACAGAGUACAGUACAGCUAAUGAACAGGUGUGUUAUAUAGUACAGAGUAUGGUACAGCUAAUGAACAGGUGUGUUAUAUAGUACAGAGUAUGGUACAGCUAAUGUACAGGUGGGUUAUAUAGUACAGAGUAUGGUACAGCUAAUGUACAGGUGUGUUAUAUAGUACAAAGUAUGGUACAGCUAAUGUACAUGUGUGUUAUAUAGUACAGAGUAUGGUACAGCUAAUGUACAGGUGUGUUGAAUAGUACAGAGUAUGGUACAGGUAAUAUACAGGUGUGUUAUAUAGUACAGAGUAUGGUACAGCUAAUGUACAGGUGUGUUAUAUAGUACAGAGUAUGGUACAGCUAAUGUACAGGUGUGUUACAUAGUACAGUGUAUGGUAUAGCUAAUGUACAGGUGUGUUAUAUAGUACAGAGUAUGGUACAGCUAAUGUACAGGUGUGUUAUAUAGUACAGAGUAUGGUACAGGUAAUAUACAGGUGUGUUAUAUAGUACAGAGUAUGGUACGGCUAAUGUACAGGUGUGUUAUAUAGUACAGUGUAUGGUACAGCUAAUGUACAGGUGUGUUAAAUGGUACAGAGUAUGGUACAGCUAAUGUACAGGUGUGUUAGAUGGUACAGCUAAUGUACAGGUGUGUUAGAUAGUACAGCUAACGUACACAUGCAUUAUAUAGUAUAGCUAAUGUACAGGUGUGUUAUAUAGUACAGAGUAUGGUACAGCUAAUGUACAGGUGUGUUACAUAGUACAGAGUAUGGUACGGCUAAUGUACAGGUGUGUUAUAUAGUACAGUGUAUGGUACAGGUAAUGUACAGGUAUGUUAAAUAGUACAGAGUAUGGUACAGCUAAUGUACAGGUGUGUUAGAUGGUACAGUGUAUGGUACAGGUAAUAUACAGGUAUGUUAAAUAGUACAGAGUAUGGUACAGCUAAUGUACAGGUGUGUUAGAUGGUACAGCUAAUGUACAGGUGUGUUAGAUAGUACAGCUAACGUACACAUGCAUUAUAUAGUAUAGCUAAUGUACAGGUGUGUUAUAUAGUACAGAGUAUGGUACAGCUAAUGUACAGGUGUGUUAAAUAGUACAGAGUAUGGUACAGCUAAUGUACAGGUGUGUUAGAUGGUACAGUGUAUGGUACAGGUAAUAUACAGGUAUGUUAAAUAGUACAGAGUAUGGUACAGCUAAUGUACAGGUGUGUUAGAUGGUACAGCUAAUGUACAGGUGUGUUAGAUAGUACAGCUAACGUACACAUGCAUUAUAUAGUAUAGCUAAUGUACAGGUGUGUUAUAUAGUACAGAGUAUGGUACAGCUAAUGUACAGGUGUGAUAGAUAGUACAGCUAAUGUACAAAUGCAUUAUAUAGUAUAGCUAAUGUAUAGGUGUUUGAUAUAGUAUAACUAAUGGACAGGUGUUUUAUUUAGCAUAGCUAAUGGACAGUGUGUUAUUUAGUAUAACUAAUGGGCAGUGUGUUAUUUAGUAUAACUAAUGGACAGUGUGUUAUUUAGUAUAACUAAUGGACAGUUGGGUUAUUUAGUAUAACUAAUGGGCAGUGUGUUAUUUAGUAUUGCAGUGUUUGCUAUAAUACACAUUGUAGGAUAUGUUAUGUACAGGUGAGUUACACCGUACAGAGUGGGGCAUUAUAUAUGGUACAGGUAAUGUACAGGGUGAGUUACACAGUAUAGAGUGUGGCAUUAUAUAUGGUACAGGUAAUGUACAGGGUGAGUUACACAGUAUAGAGUGUGGCAUUAUAUAUGGUACAGGUAAUGUACAGGGUGAGUUACACCGUACAGAGUGUGGCAUUAUAUAUGGUACAGGUAAUGUACAGGGUGAGUUACACAGUAUAGAGUGUGGCAUUAUAUAUGGUACAGGUAAUGUACAGGGUGAGUUACACAGUAUAGAGUGUGGCAUUAUAUAUGGUACAGGUAAUGUACAGGGUGAGUUACACAGUAUAGAGUGUGGCAUUAUAUAUGGUACAGGUAAUGUACAGGGUGAGUUACACAGUAUAGAGUGUGGCAUUAUAUAUGGUACAGGUAAUGUACAGGGUGAGUUACACCGUACAGAGUGUGGCAUUAUAUAUGGUACAGGUAAUGUACAGGGUGAGUUACACAGUAUAGAGUGUGGCAUUAUAUAUGGUACAGGUAAUGUACAGGGUGAGUUACACAGUAUAGAGUGUGGCAUUAUAUAUGGUACAGGUAAUGUACAGGGUGAGUUACACAGUAUAGAGUGUGGCAUUAUAUAUGGUACAGGUAAUGUACAGGGUGAGUUACACAGUAUAGAGUGUGGCAUUAUAUAUAUGGUACAGGUAAUGUACAGAGUGAGUUACACAGUAUAGAGUGUGGCAUUAUAUAUGGUACAGGUAAUGUACAGGGUGAGUUACACAGUAUAGAGUGUGGCAUUAUAUAUGGUACAGGUAAUGUACAGGGUGAGUUACACAGUACAGAGUGGGGCAUUAUAUAUGGUACAGGUAAUGUACAGGGUGAGUUACACAGUAUAGAGUGUGGCAUUAUAUAUGGUACAGGUAAUGUACAGGGUGAGUUACACAGUAUAGAGUGUGGCAUUAUAUAUAUGGUACAGGUAAUGUACAGGGUGAGUUACACAGUAUAGAGUGUGGCAUUAUAUAUGGUACAGGUAAUGUACAGGGUGAGUUACACAGUAUAGAGUGGGGCAUUAUAUAUGGUACAGGUAAUGUACAGGGUGAGUUACACAGUAUAGAGUGUGGCAUUAUAUAUAUGGUACAGGUAAUGUACAGGUGAGUUACACCGUACAGAGUGUGGCAUUAUAUAUGGUACAGGUAAUGUACAGGGUGAGUUACACAGUAUAGAGUGUGGCAUUAUAUGUGGUACAGGUAAUGUACAGGUGAGUUACAUCGUACAGAGUGUGGCAUUAUAUAUGGUACAGGUGAGUUACACAGUGUAGAGUGUGGCUUUAUAUAUGGUACAGGUAACUCAACCGUCAAGGCACAUCGAGAUCCAAGAUUUAGGUAUUUCCCAUUAUUUUUAUUGUGGGGUAUGGACACAACCUGGACGCUUAGUAUGCCUUUAAGACUGGAUGGAACCUCUGAUCUAGGACACAGAAUAAUCUACAGUGAAGAUACUGCUAGGCUGCUGUCCAAUGAAUGCCAAGUGACUUCUACUGCUGGCACAGGCCAAGGCCAUCUGUACUGGUUUUCUCAUUCAGAGAUGUACUGGAUACCUGGAUUGGAAGUCACCUUUUACAGCCCUCCCAUGAAGGAGCACCAUUGUUAGUGAUAGGUAUCACAUCUACCAUUAUUGCUCAGAUGUAAAGAGGAACGGAGAGCUGAGAGACGAAGAGAUGGACCCAGAGAGAGGAUCAUCUUAUUCAAGAUGGAUGAUGUUAUAGAUCAUGUCCCUUUACUGUUUACUUCUAGUAUUUAUGAACCUUUGUAUUCUUUUGAUUCAUAAAUGUGCUUGUUUUUUUUUUCUAAUACAUAGUAUUUUAGUUUUCUCAAAAGUAGAAUUAGCUGUUUGAAUAUUUAUAACACGUUUUUCUUUCCAUGAUCUGGACAGACAUGAUUUUGUUGGAACUGACCGUUUGCCAGUCCUGCUUAAAGUGUCACAUGGCCGUGAGAUUUUGGUACGUAGAAUAAUAGUUUAAAUAUAUAUUGUACAUUGUAUAAAAAGUCGAUUUUCAGUCAUCUUUAAAACAUACACAAAAAAAGACCACAAACAACAAAAACUCAACUGUCCCUGGACAUAAAUUUAAGCAUUGUAGCAGGAUGAAAUGAUGAUGAAAACGGAUGAAGGGAUGAUGACGCAAAGCAGCCAGUCUGGAAAGUAGAGAAAGGUCUGCUCCAACCAGUGUUAUCACCAGUCACUUGGAAUUGGAGCUAAUCAGAAUAUUUAUUAUGAAUUAUUAAUAAAAAUGUAAAAACGUGGAGAGGAAAAGGUAAAAUUCGUUAAUAGAAAUGUUCUCAAGUAAAAAGAGAUGAUGAACUUCUUUUACAAGCUCAUCGUUAAAACCAUGAAAUGUACGCCCAUCUUCCUAGUCUUGGCACGUUGAUAAGCCAUUCCAUUAAUAGAAAGUAUUAGGUCAAUGCUUGUCUAACUACAAUCCCUAGGAAUAGCAAGAGAGUGCCUGUUUGACUCCGCUUGGAUUACUUGCAUUCCUGGUUUACAAUGCUCACUCUUUGUUCCUAUAGCUAAAUUUUAUUGGAGUCACAGUGGAGAGGGAGCAACGGUUUGUACAUUUCACCUCCACAAAACAUCAGUUCACCCCAGUGGCCAUCGGCACAUCCAAUCCCCCAAAACAGGUAAUGUCAAUGCGUUGCAUUUACUAAUAGUAGAUUUGUACUAACAGUUCUGCAUUAUUCAGUAUUUUUAGUCACACUAUGUAACCACAUUAGCAGGGCUUACUCACUACUAUAUUUUGUAACGUUAGCGGGGCUUACUCACUGCUACAUAUUGUAAUGUUACCGGGGCUUACUCACUGCUACAUCUAGUAACAUUAGUAUAACCUUAUCACUACUACAUAUUGUAACAUUAGCGGGGCUUACUCACUGCUACAUAUUGAACUAUUAGCAGGGCUUACUCACUGCUACAUAUUGUAACAUUACCUGGGCUUACUCAUUGCUACAUAUUGCAAUAUUACCAGGGCUUACUCAUUGCUCCAUAUUGUAACAUUAUCAGGGCUUACUCACUGCUACAUAUUGUAAUAUUAUCAGGGCUUAUUCACUGCUACAUCUUGUAAUGUUAGCGGGGCUUACUCACUGCUACAUCUUGUAACGUUAGCGGGGCUUACUCACUGCUACAUAUGGUAACGUUACCGGGGCUUACUCACUGCUACAUCUUGUAACGUUAUCAGGGCUUAUUCACUGCUCCAUAUUGUAACAUUAUCAGGGUUUACUAACUGCUACAUAUUGUAACAUUAGUGGAGCUUUAUCACUACUGCAUCCACUAACAUAAGCGGGGCUUACUCACUGCUACAUAUUGUAACAUUAUCAGGACUUACUCACUGCUACAUAUUGUAAAAACAUUAGAACGUUCUCACUACUGUUAUGUCCAUUUCCCAGUAUAAACCUCUUUCCAUCAUUGCAGUUGCAGAUGUCUACCUCCCUAGUACAUCAUCUAUUAUUCUGUACUUCUCCUUUAAAUGUAUUUUACUACAAUAAUUUGCUAGUAUUUGAAAUCUGAUAACUCUGCCUACAGCACUAUAUAUUCCCAGCGCUUUGUUCAUGUAUUGGUAAUUCUUUAAAUUAUAACCCAUGUGGUUCAGGGCUUGUAAUGCUCUGCGUGUCCUUACUGUGCUGGCCAUAUAACAGAGCAGGCACGUCUAAAAUGUCCCUUGCUUCCUAUGGUACCUCUAGCAAUAUUGGUGACUUCGAGCCAAGGUUAACUGGAAAACUCCACACUGUUCUCUAAAUUCUAGCUGUCUAUCGUGUCAUCUUAUAGAUAUAUGAACUUUACAAUGGUGGAGCUGUAGCCGUAAUCUAUGAAAUUCAACUGGAGCCUCUAAGGGAAACCAAAAAGCAGAAUUAUCAGCACCCUGUCUUCCAGUGUCUGAAUCCCAGAGGAGAAAUCUUACCAGGUUCAACUGCAUUUGUGGAGUGGGUCUUUUCUCCUUUGGAGGCUAAAACCUACUCUGUAAGUAUAUAUCAUUAAAUGUCACAAGCUGUAUCAUUUUGUACAAUUACAGCCCCUGGUGCUGUGCAUACUAAGUUAAUUUACAGACUGUGGAAUCAGACUUCCUACCGAAAUGUAUUGUAUUAUUGAUUUCGUUCUUACUGCGAUGUGUUUUCAUAUAAUUUCAUAGGUGAAUGUUCCUGUGCACAUUCUUGGAGGAGACUCUACUCUCAUUAUGUUUGAAGGGAUUGGAUUUGACAGCAACAUACUUGGGGACUUGGCUGUUUUUGAAGAGCUUUCACCAUUACCAUCAAGCCCGAGACUCGUAGCACCUGGACAGGUGAAUGUGUCUUUGCAUGUAGCAAACAAUCCCUGGAUGCAGCUGGCUAUUUAAACCGUUACAUUGUGCAGUAAUUAGUUUGGUCACAAAUGUUGACACAUGCUAUGGAAGAUUAAGGAACUAUUUUGAUAUUCUCCAUUUGUGUGACGUACAAUAUAAAGCCGCAUAUCUCUGUAUAUAAAUAAGUUAUUACGCAUUUCACGGAUAACCCUGGCAAUCCUUUUGACCCCUGUUCAUGGCUUUUAGCUAUGGAGGUUUUAGAAUACGACCAUGCCCAACAUGCAGAGCUUACAUCACACCUAACUAAUGUAGGAAAUGAAAAUGGACAGACACAUGUUACCAAUGCUUAGAGUUGGCUGGACUUAGUGCUGUGAAAGCCAAGUAGUAGCCUGAGGAACACGAAGAAGCUGAGUCUGAGAACAAGCCAACGUCUAGGACAAUAGAAGGUAGCAAAUAGUAAUAAACAAGCCAGGUUCAAGGAGAACGGAAAGGAGAAUAGUCAAAUACAAGUCGAAGUCAGAAAGCCAGUAGCACUAACAAACAAAAAUGCACUCUUGGAUCACUACAAAGGAGAAGCCCACCUGGGCAAAGCAGUGAUCUUAGAGAGGGCCUAAAUAGGCCUAGGAGGUCAGGGAUUGGCUCUCCCGGUAUAAAUAAUCUGAUUUUCCAUGUUAGAAGAGGCAAUGUGAGUAUAUAAUUCCCAAGUGAUUGGUUCUCUGUCUGUCCGUUUCACGAUGCUCCUCUAAUUUACCUCCUACAGAUGGUUCGCCUGAGCCAGCAGAGAUUAGUGUUUGGAGAUGUCCCUGUUUUCUGCAAAUCCAGCCGUCUCAUAUUCCUUAACAACACCUCUCAGAGUGAGUCUGCCUUCUUCAAGUGGUACGCAGGGUCCCCCAAUGUUAAUGAGGUAAGUGCUUUUAGGAUAUACAAAAAAGAGGGGGGGAGAUACAGCGCAAACUCUAAAGGCAGCAAGUCUGUAGUAUGCAUACCCCAACAACCAAAAAUAAAUUUAAAAAAAGGGAACAGGCGGCGCCAAAUAUGAAUGUUGACUUAAUAAGUGUAUAAACACAGUAUAUCAAUGUAAAAUAGCUUAAAUAAGAAAAUGGUAUCAAAGUCCCAAAGAGAUAGUUCUUAUGGUACUAAUAUAAAACCUGUUGGAAAUAGUAUUCUUGGAGGUCAAUCUGUUGUCCUCAUUGCUGGAUAAAUAAUCAGGUAUUUUAGUAGAGAUGAGGCAUUUUCUUAAUGUUGUCCCAUAUAAAAUAGAAACCCAAAAAGACCCCAAUAGUGUAACCCAAUACAUACAGUGUCCUGGAUAAUGUAAUGCGGAGAGAGCCUCCAAUCAGCUCUUAGAUAAGGCUUUAUCUGGAACAAUCCCCGUCUCGGAUAAAACUGGAGACGUCCCUUUGGAUAUUCACGAUACAGUUCCCUUUUUUUUUUCUAGUACCACUAUUCAAAGCAGAGAACACUAUAUUUUAUUUCAUUUAUUUACGGCACAGUACUGCACAGACCAGUCUCUGUCCUUCUUGGAGAUACAAGCCUUAGUGAGUUUUGAGGAUAAUGUAGCCUGUCUCACUAACGUUUUUUUCUUAUAGUAAUAGAAUAAACCAAAUGUUCUAUAACGUUCAACUUUUCUUGUCAUCCAUUCAUCCAUUGUGUCAUUAUGUAUUCUCAGGCAGGGAUAACAGGAAAUGAUUACCUAAAGUUUACAUUGGACUAUGCAAAGCAUUAUAAUGAUUGAACCAUUGGGGGUUCUGUAUAAGGAACAAUUCUGGAGAAAAAUUCUAAAAGUAUCUAAGAGUCAGAAGUAAAAACAUUCCUUUUGGUUUCCAUAGUGAUUGCUCCAUUUUAAGAACUCUGUCCCAGAAAUUGCUCUUCAUUCAUAACUUCUAUUGUUUUGCAAGAAUUGUAAGAAAAUUUACAAAUAGAGUAAAAAUGUAGACCUUCUCCCUCCUUGGGCUGUUGUCCAGUGUAAUGAAAAAUCCUUUAAGGGACACUGUAAGCACCCAGACCACUUCAUCUUACUGAUGUGGUCUGGGUGCUGUGUGCCUUUUGCACCUGGUGCUGCAAUGUAAAACAUUGCACUUCCAGAUAAUUAUUACAUUGUAGCUCUAAGUCUGCCCUCAGUGGCUGUCUACCACUAGGGGCACUUCAGGAAUCCAAACUGAAUUUUGGUCCGUUAUCUGUAACUGGACGUCCUCACGCUCUGCAUGAGGACCUCCAGCGUCAGAUUUUCCCCAUAGGAAAGCAUUGAACAAUGCGCAUUAGGUCUCCCCUACCGGAUGACAUUGGCAGGGGAGGAGCAUGGGCGGAGUCUGACCCAGCACCGAGGCACUCCUUCAACCCUGCGGUAGGGGGUGCGCAUGGAGGGGGGUAUUAACCCUAUAGUGCCAGGAAAAUGGCUUUGUUUUCCUGGCACUAUAGGAUCCAUUUAAUUUACAUGUGUAGGUACAUAAGGAAACUACAAAGAGGCUGAGACAAUUAUUUUCUGCUAGUGCAAUUUAUACAAAUACACAUGAUUUGGAUUGCAUAACAAUAGUUAAAAAAAACGUUAGUCUAAUUGAAGGUUAGCACUUUAUGGAUGAAUUAUCUCAUAUACAGAAUAGCCAUCGUAUUAAUCCUAAAAUAGAUAUAAAUAGCAAAAAGAAAGAGAUCCAAUUGCUGUUACCAGGAGAUAGUUAUAGCCACUUCACGUACUGCAGGGAAUAUGUCAACAUAUAUCUAUAUUGAAAUAUAAAUUGAUAAUAAAAUAUGGAUUAAAAUUACAAAAAAAAAAAAGGGUAAAUUCGCUAAACAGCGUUAUAUGGUAUUCGAAUUAAACGCAAUGGUAUUGACAUAAAACCAUAUCAACCAUUUGGGUUAUGAAAAUAGUCUCUGUAAAUGGAAAAUGAUAAAAGGAAAAAAGAAUGAGAAAAGUCCUUAAUAUAUAUAAAACAUAAAAUGGUUAGCUAAAUGUUUCAAAUAAGUCUCUUGAGUCCAUUGGGCUGUAUGCUCCUAUUUAGAUAAGGCUAAAAUACCCUUCUAUUUUGGAAGCAGGGAAAUCUAACCAGUAGGAGCAAAUGUGUUAAUCUAGUGCCACAUUGAGAUAAACAGCAACAGUGUGAUACACAUAAAAUGACUCCGUCCGAUAUUACUAGUGAAAUGUAUCGAAGUGUAAUAAACUUCUCUACAUACAGAUCAGAUAUUUCAGUCAGUGUAAAAAACUUUCCAACUCCAGCAGUUAGUUUCUAUAAUAAGAAAGGUAGCAACGUGUCUUCCAUAAAAAACACGAUUUAUUGUAAAACAAAAUUAGCAUAAAAUGUAUUAGCAUAAAAAAUACAUUCACUGAUGGCUACAAAAGAAUGGGAACCUUUGUUACUUUGGUGUUACUCCGGAUAAGGUUCCCAUUCUUUUGUAGCCAUCAGUGAAUUUAUUUUUUAUGCUAAUACAUUUUAUGCUAAUUUUGUUUUACAAUAAAUCGUGUUUUUUAUGGAAGACACGUUGCUACCUUUCUUAUUAUAGAAACUAACUGCUGGAGUUGGAAAGUUUUUUACACUGACUGAAAUAUCUGAUCUGUAUGUAGAGAAGUUUAUUACACUUCGAUACAUUUCACUAGUAUAUGGACGGAGUCAUUUUAUGUGUAUCACACUGUUGCUGAUUAUCUCAAUGUGGCACUAGAUUAACACAUUUGCUCCUACUGGUUAGAUUUCCCUGCUUCCAAAAUAGAAGGGUAUUUUAGCCUUAUCUAAAUAGGAGCAUACAGCCCAAUGGACUCAAGAGACUUAUUUGAAACAUUUAGCUAACCAUUUUAUGUUUUAUAUAUAUUAAGGACUUUUCUCAUUCUUUUUUCCUUUUAUCAUUUUCCAUUUACAGAGACUAUUUUCAUAACCCAAAUGGUUGAUAUGGUUUUAUCUCAAUACCAUUGCGUUUAAUUCGAAUACCAUAUAACGCUGUUUAGCGAAUUUACCCCUUUUUUUUUUUUAUCCAUAUUUUAUUAUCAAUUUAUAUUUCAAUAUAGAUAUAUGUUGACAUAUUCCCUGCAGUACGUGAAGUGGCUAUAACUAUCUCCUGGUAACAGCAAUUGGAUCUCUUUCUUUUUGCUAUUUAUAUCUAUUUUAGUAUUUCUCUUAACCUUAGGUGUGGGUUAUAUUUUCUGGGAUUUGAGAAGUUGUAUGCCUCUUUUGUGAGAACACUAUAUAACCUUCCUAUUUAUCAGAUAGGAUUGAUAUUCUUUUCUGGUGAUUUUUUACUAUCGUAUUAAUCCUGCUUACUGGAGCCAUUCAUUGUACUUACAGAUACUGCAGGUCUCCCCUAUCUCUGGAGUUCUGCGACCAGGGGAGAGUACAAACAUCAUUGUCACACUCCAGACUGAUCAGCUAGCUGCUCUCUACACACUGGACCUGGUGUGUGAGGUAUGGAUCGUCUUCUUUAGGAAUUGCUGUGAUCUCAGGACAUACUUGGUAUGAAUGACUCAUUACUGUUUGAAAUCAUUUUAUUAUUGUGUUUUCUUUUUGCAGAUUUUCUCAGAGAAGGGUCUAGCGAAAUACAACAAGGAGCUUCAAGAAUGGAAAGAAGAAGAGGAACGACAAUGCUUGGAGUUCACCAUUACAGAGCAGGAUCAAAACGAACAAAUUAUGGGGGUAAAUAUAUGGAUAUUUUUAAUAAAAUCUUUUUUUCAGGCAAUUUGGCAAAUAAAUCAGAACUGAAUCCUGGCUCCUCUGCUGUUACAGAAAUAGUUUCACUAUCUCAUGAUCUGUAAAUCUUUGCAUGGCAGUCAUUAGACUAGUAAUCCAUAUUGAUUAUAAUCUGCAGGGUGUCCCUUUAUUGUUAGGUUUAUAAUCUCCUAGUGAUUUUAUUUAUAUAUAUAUAUAUUAAUUAUAUAUUUGUGGCGUUGUUCCAACAUUCCUUCUUUCCUAGCCUGAUAACAUUUCCUGUGGAUCUGGAACAUCCAAAGUCAGUCGGUCGCUAACAGAAAUACGGCGAUAUAAGGUGCGUUUAAGGUGCCAUACACCAUCACUGACUUAUACUGUGUAUAUAUAAAUGCACUGAUUGAGAGUCGUAAUGAGUCUAUCUAAUAAUAUGUCUUCCAAGUUCUUCAUUUACCUACAAUGUCGUUUUUACAUCUGUCAUCUGAACAAGGUCAGCUCAGGAAGAUAUAAAUAAGUAAUCUAUACCUUGUGCUAGAAAAAUCACCAACAAAUGUAUAGCUGUUGAGGUAUUCUUACCUAAAGAUUACCUCCUCUAAGAUACAUUGUGCCUUAAAUAAUGGAAUCCCAUGAUGCAUAGCUUUUGGCUUACCACUAAGCAUUAUUGAAUCCUGCUUUAAUCAUUUGGGAAUAAACCAGAUAUGCACAUAUUGUAGUUCUUAUCUCUGCUUGUAUGUGUGUGUGGGGCAGUGUGUGAAUGGGGGCACUGUAUGUGUGUGUGGGGCAGUGUUUGUAUGUAUGGGGGGGCACUGUAUGUAUGUUUGUGGCAGUGUGUGUAUGGGGGGGGGCACUGUGGUGUGUGUGUGUGUGUGGGGGGCAGUGUGUGUAUGGGGGCACUGUAUGUGUGUGUCGGGCACUGUAUGUAUGUGUGGGGCAGUGUGUGUAUGGGGGGCUCGUGCGUGUGUGGGGUAAUGUGUUUAUGGAGGGGCAGCAGUGUGUGUGGGGGACUGCAUGUGUCUCUGGGGCAAUGUGUGUAUGGGGGGCCAUGUGUGUGAGGCAGUGUUUGUUUGUGGGGCAGUGUGUGUGUAGGGCAGUGUGUGUAUGGGGGGCAGUGUGUGUAUGGGGGGGAAGGAGGGUAGGGAGGCUUUUUAAUAAUGUUUUCUUUUUUUAUUUACUAAAAUAAAUUCAUUUAUGUCCCUCCUCCCUUCUUACCUUUACUGAGCGAGGAGCGGGUGGGGGGGGGGCAUUUCUUGAUCCCUGGUGGUCCGUGGGGAAUCCCUGGUGGUUCCAGUGGUUAGAGUGAACUCUAGCCUAUAGCUCCAGGGCUAGAGUUCACUCUCGCGAGAUCCGGAGCGUUGCCGUGGUAACUGCGGCAACGCUCCGUGCUCGCGAGAGUAGGACCCCGAGGAGCUGCAGGUUGAACUCCCGGGUCCUCUCUUCGUCCCCUACCGUCUGCCAGCAAUGUGCCUGUGGACCGGGGAGGGAGCUCUGAUCUCCCUCCCCGGUCCGUAAGUCACAUUGCAGGGCUGGCACUUGGACAAUGACAGCCCUGCAUUAGCCGGCAGGGGAGAAUCUUGGGGGGGGGGGGCAAUUGCCCCGUUGCCCCCCCACCCCCACCCCCUCCGGAUCCGCCACUGAGUGCAAUGAAUGCAAUGAACCCAGACCUUCUGUGGCUGUCCAAUCACAGACUUCCCAAUGCAGCUCAAUGAGAAGUCUUUGCAAGGCAGGCCCUUUGGGUAAUUGCUGCCUCUUGAGUUUAGCUCCACCGAACUAAACAACCAGGAAGUAACAGGACAUAAUAAUUUCUAUUAAAUCUGCGUUUUUUGUAAAAUGAAAAAAAGAGGACACACUCUUCACACAAAAAGCAAAAAGGAGUCUGGGGUGUCCUUUUAACAUGGUUUAACAAGAUUAACAUACUAACUGUAAUACAUGCCUGAACUGCUUCCAGAGGCUCUUCAAAUUUACGUUUUCCUGUGAUUGCCUGUAAUGUGGCACCUGGAGUGAAACCAUCUAAAUGAAAAUAUUCUGUGCAUUUUUACUCAUUGCUCUGAGAGCCAUUGCAUUAAACCAGCAUUAAAAGGAAUUAUCAGAAAAGUAAAAAGUGACAGAAAUUUUAAAAAGAAAGCAUUCUUGACCACCAUAAGAUGUUUAAAUUAAGGUGACAGCGUCAUAUCAAAUUUUCUUUACAUUAAAAAAUUCUAAAUAAUAUUGCUAACAGAUUAAUAUUAUUUUAUCUUACAUUAGGUGAAUUUAUCUGUAAUUACCACUUGAGGUCUUACUGUUCUUAAAACUACAUCACAGUUUUUACUUAGCAAUACAAUUUCCUAAAUUGGAGCGCUGUAUUCUUUUUUCAGACCCUUCCACCAAUCAAGAAUGCAGAGGUUUCGCGCCCACCUGCGUGCAGAGACAGGGAAAGUCGCAGGGCACUGAAAGAAGCACAAAGGGUCUGGCCCAAACCCGAACCUCCUAUUCCAUACCAACUGCAUUUGUCUGUGAUCGGAAGGUCACACCAGACAUCAGACUUUUUGAACCAUUUCCAAAAUGACUUUCACCGUCACUUCCUAUACCGGUGAGAAAGCCAAGUGGUUAAUUCCAGUGAGACAUUGAGCCGGUUUGUGAUUGCCUAGCACAUCUCUACCCAUGCUAUGCAUGGAUCAGUUGGCACUUUUUAAAAAGAAAGCUAAAGUGUAUGUAGUUGAUUGUAAUGGUCCAGUAGGCUGAUCGCCUAAGCAUGUUUAACGAAGAACAUCAAAGGGACUUUGUGACAUUAAAUGCAAUGUUGAUUAAUACAGUGUACAUGUGCUCAGGUAAGGAGCUGCUUUUAAUACAGGGUUAAUAGAGCUGAGCUAUAUCACUGGUCGAGGUUCUCAAUCAUUCAUCACGACACCUGGUAUGCCGACAUAUGGUAAUCUACUGAUAAUUUAAAAUAGCUUUCAUGACUGUCAGACUGAUGAACUAAACACUUCUAAUCUACCCUGACAGUACAUAUUCAAAGAAGUGACGUAUUGCUAUUCAUUGCCUGCUUUGUGAAUAUGUAUUAAUAAUAAAGGAAUAGUCUGGGAGUGCUGCACUUCCUUUAUUAUUUGUGCAUGGUGCUGGUUUUUAAAGGGAACCUGAGUCAUUCUUUCCUCGGGAUAUGUUUUAUUGCAGAAUGCUAUUUUGUAGUUUUUGUUUUUCACUUUAAUUCCAGAAAUGUAUUAUCCUUGAGCGGAUAAACUAACAGGACUGCCAACAAAGGUGUAAUUUAUCUGAAAAUUUAAUUCAAAAUGAGUUUAAACGUUUUCGCCCAUAAUAGCUGACAGAAGCAUCUCUGACCUGCAGAGUUUCUUUAGUUUGGCUACUUUGGCAUAACAUUGAAUUCACUUUAAAUCCCUGACAGUUGACACUUUAGAGAAUAAACUGAUAGAAUAUAAAGACAUUUAUAAUAUAAAGACUAGAAGAGAAUUAUCUAUCUUCCAUAUAGAUCACCCAAGGAAAAAGAGAAGCAGGUGCUUGUGGAUUUACAGCCAGAAACUGGGGAACCCGACACGAGCCAAAGGAAACCAGCCGCAGUGCACCAGGAAUUGGCUGUAGACAUUAUGACCUCCGUAAUCCGGUAACUGAAUAAGCCUUUAAGGAAACUAUUACUGAAAAUGAAAUAUUGCAGCAGGAGUGCCAGUAAUCUGAUACUCUGGUUGUAGAGGGGAAUUCAAAGUGGAAGGAUUAUAACUUAGUAUUAUUAUUAUGGACUUAUAUUUGGAAUCCACUUUUCAUUCACUAAACCCCUGACAAUUCUCAUUUUAGUGAAUAACCCUGUAAGUGUUCUUUAUUAUUGGCCUGUUAUAGCUUUGCUAGGUGCACACUCAUGCACUGCGUACUGUUAUGAUUUUUAUUGUAUAAUGAUUAAUAAGUGGCAGCUGCCCAAAAGUAGUAGAAUAGUGAUGCACUCUGGCGAGAGCACCAAUCUGUGCCAAGGGGGGUGGGAGUUUGGUGGAAGGGGUACAUGGAAUCUAGUUUAGGGAGUUAAAUGAUCCAUUGAUUAAACUUGGUUAGACUGUAUGUGUGUGAGCUACACACACAGUCCAAAGGGGUUCUACGUGCAGGUGAGCUCACAGUGCUUCCUGCAAGUUUAGAAGACAAUUUCCCUUAAAGGACAUUCGUAUCCUGCACGCAUUGUUGUGAGACAUAGAAUUCUAUUUUCAUAAUUUCUUUCUUUUUUUUUUUUUAGUAAUCUUUUGGAUGACACAGCGUUUCAUGAAUCCCUUAAGCUGAUUCAGGAUGAUCCUACCCCCUACUAUAGUCAGGUGACCACUAAUGGGAAUCGUACUACAGAAUGCAGGACUGGAGAUAUAGACCUUAACACCUCUGAACAGAAGUCUAUUGCCUAUGUAUUGGCUGCAGAAGAAGAGGCUCAUGGGGAACAGACCGCAAACUUGCUAUUACCUACUGAAUCACCAGCCCAAGCCCAUGCUGAAUCCAAACAACUUGUACCUCAUUACGAAGUGAAAGAAAGUAUCAGAAGGUAAGCUGUAGGAAGGCAAUAUCCAGAUACACGCAUUUAUACCUUACUAAGGUGCAACUUGGGCACUUGAUUGAUCUCUUAUUAUUUCCCAUCUCAGUUACUGUAACCCUCUCCUUAUCAACGUUCCUCAGGCCUGUAUUACCCUAUCACAAUCCAUACUAAAUUCUGCUGCCAAGUUUUUCUUUCUUACCCAUCGCUCUUCACUAACCCUCCCCUUGUGCCUAUCCUUACAUUGCUUUGUAGAAACCUCAAGGAUCAAUUCCUGCAAAGUUCUCAACAACAAUGCAUCCCUUUCUAUUUUUUUUGUAAAUCUCUUUUAUUGAGUUUUUGUGUUUCGUAUAUUCAUUUAAAACAGAUGUAGAAUUGAAACAAUAUGGACGCGCAGGUCCCAGGUAUUAUAACGUUAUGCAUUUGUGAACAAAGGAAAUUUACAUAGGAAGGUUCUAACGGACAUAGUAGUAUUAUACGGCUGAAGCUGUCUGCUCUAGAGACCGCAAAGACACAUACAAUUUUGGUCAGAGCACUAUGGGGUAUUAAGCUAUCUUCAUCACCCUACCAUCAGUACGUGGGACUAUCGACCACCCCUUUGGUUAUGUGUUCCUGAGCGUGUCCUACAGCUAAUGGGUCCUUUGGUAGCUUUCGUAGUUGUGCUCACUCAAGGCGUGUGCCAGGCUGGGCUAGGGUAGUUCAGGAGACUUUGUGUGACGUCCCCGGCUCCCUUUAUGUAUCAUUAUGGAUCCGUGGGCACUGCUGGUGAGUGUAUGGUCAUUCUGAAAGUGGGCCAUCUCCUCUAGCCUACCCUAAAAGGGGGAGGGGGAUGGUGGGUGCGCUUAUGUUUGUGGGUCGUUCCAAGAGACCCGAUAGGCAGGGAUGAGUGGUUACCGUUUUUGUUGUACGUAUUUGAUCUGAUGCGUUCCUAUUACAGGGCAGUUUCCUUUUGCUGGGGUGUUCAUGCCCCAUCCUAAUAAGUGCGUAUAUGUGUUAAAAAUUAUAAGUGAAAAUUAAAGAAAUGUUUAGUAGUAGGGUAAGAAGAAAAGAAUUGGAGGAAAAAAGAGUUGUCGCUCGCCUCGGAUGCAGUUCGAAUUGGGGGAGUGAGAGGAGGUAUAAAUGGCCAUGCCCCAGUGAGUCACCCUCCCUCCCAGGGUGUCCCCCCACAGGCUGCUUAUCUCUAGUUGCUCUGAGACACGAAUGUAUACCAUGGUCGCCACAUUUCUGCGUGUCUGUCUCUCCUCCCAAGAAGUGAAGCCUGGAUCGCCUCUGCCCCCUGAAUGUCCUCCACCCUGCGGAUCCAUUCUUCCAGUCGGGGCGUCUCCGUCCGUUUCCAGUAUAGCGGGAUCAAAGCUUUGGCUGCAUUAAGUAGAUGACGUAAAAUUGAUUUCUUGUAUGCGGCAAUCGACAUUGUUGAAAUAUGUAGAAGGGGCAGUGUUGCCACCCACUCGGGUGUUUCUCCCAAUAUCUCUGCUAUUUUCUCUCGGAUCAUCUCCCAGUAUGGGACUAUGAGGCGACAAUCCCACCAUAUGUGUAUUAUCGUGCCUCUUUCCUCGAGACAUCUCCAGCAUGUCGGUGGUAUUGUAGGGAAAAUUCUGUGGAGUAGUAUCGGUGUCUUGUACCAAAGUGCGAUUAAUUUGUAAUUCGUCUCUUGGUAGUGGGUGCUAAUGGAGCUUUUGUGUUGCCAGAAUAAUGCGCCCUCCCACUGUUGGGGGGUAAAGGUGGUAUCCAUCAGAGUCUCCCAUUGUCUACGGAAGGUGUUGUUUUCCGCUAGGUUACCCACCAGGAGAUGUUGGUAUAAGGUGGAUACGGUUUUGUCUAGCGAGGAGCCACGUUCACAUCUCGUUUCAAACCAGGUAAGGUCCCUGUGUAGUUUUUCUUUAUUGCUCAUGGUGUUUUAGUAGUGGCGGACCUGCAUAUACCGGAGCGUUACCAAGGGUGUAAGAGGUGUUUCUCCUAGCAGGGAGUUUAAAGUUCGCAUGUUGCCAUCUCGCAGAACCGUGGAGAUGGGUACGUAUUCGCGGCCCUCCGCGAAUGGCCAUGCCGUCGUCAGGAAGCCCCCUCCUAUUGUUGGGUUGUAAGUGAUGGGAAGCAGCGGACUUGGUACAGGGGAGAUAUGGGGUUGAUCUCUCAUGUGGGCCCAGCUGGUCAGCGUCUGAGCUAUAAUCCCUGUUGACUCUCCUCCAUCCCUUGUUAAUGCAUCCCUUUCUAGAUCUCAAAUGACUUUCUCUGGUCCUUUGCUCACACCUGCAUUUCCAAUCAUCACUUACAGAACUCCUUGCAGUAUACUGUCUGGGAUUAUUUUACGUCAUUACACCGUUACCAUCAGCCUGUACCAUUUCCCCCAGAUAGGACGAUUUCAUUGUCCUGAGGUCCUGCUCUCAGAACUGCUGCUUGCUGGACGUUUUCUGAUUUUGGCUUUUAGUUUGAACCUAUUAAAUUGGAUACUCACAGUGCGUGUCUAGAACCGUGAGUUUACCCACAAAAUUAGAAUUUGUCAGGAAAGGACUGGGGAUUGUACAUUUUACACCAAAAUAUCUCAAUGGAAAUUAAUUUCCAUUCGGUUAUUUUCCACAUUAGCUAUUUUUGCCUAAAAUUUGCAAUUUCCUAGUAGUUGAUUAUACAGCCCUCAUUGAGUUAAUAAACCUGCAUGUCCGUUUAACAAGACAAGCCGUGAUCGUUUUUCACUAGGUGGCAGUGUCACCCCACGCUGGUGCUACUAUUAUUAUUAUUAUUAUUAUUAUUCUCGUUUUUUAGUUUUCUAUUCAGAGGUUUAUUGACUCAGCUCUGAAUUCUGCUGAAUUCAAAUCAAAAUAGCAAAGCUGUUAGAUCAGCUGCAGAUCAGCUAUUGUUUAAAUUUUUAUAUUUGGAUUUCAGUUUGUUUCAGCUUGGAGUUUAGUAAAUAGGUAAUAAAUCUUUGUUUCUCCAGACCAUUGAUCUGUUUUAUAAAAUAGUGAUAAUUAUUUUUCACACAGUUUCAACCACAGUUUUCUCAUAUUCAUAGUUUUAGCACCUGAUCAGUCAGCUUUGGGUUUCCCUGAACCUUCACAUGACAGAGGGAAGCAGGAUGCAGGAUGCAUUCUGUUUGAAAUUUACUAAAUGUCAGAGUCUAUUGGCACAGAAACUAGUUACUGAGUGCCUCACAUCACGUAAUAAUUAGUGUGACCAGCCUUUAACUGGCAAGCUUUUACUGAAAACGUAUCAUUCAGUUCUUUUUCAUGACUUGAUGUCCCUGUUUUUUUUCCAGUUUAGUGCUUUGGGCAGUCUCAAGGAAAAUGCUCCAAGAAAGUGCAAGGAGCUCGUCAUUAAACACACUUGCUGCAUGAGGCCAAUGCAAAGCAUAUCUUCCCAUAUGUCAACACUUUGGCAGUGUUCCUCACAUGGGAAACUGUGGUUGGCUUGUAUCUAGAACUGCUUGAGAACCUGAAACACAUACAUAACCCCCUUUACCUAUAAAGAUCCCCCAAAUAUUGGCAGUCCCGAUUACCUUAAUGUAAUUUUCUAAGCAAUAACGUCUGAUCCUCUUGUAGUUGCAUUUGCCCUUUAUCGUCUAAUGAUUUUAUUGACCUUAAAUGAAAAUAUAUUAACAAUGGGUUUUAUUGUAUUCACCAGAAGCUCUAAUGGGAGUGAACUGAGCUUUUGAAGGAACAUUUUUAACUCUGGCAUAAUAGAUUCUGACCUGACAUGGGUUUUUUGGUUGUAUAAUUCAUUUCUCUAGUCCAAUAGCAUAAGAGCAUCCUUUAUUGUCCUAUAUGUAUUCACCAACUCCACAGGAUCAACGUUGGCUCACUUGUGACUUUACGUAAGAAACCUAUAACAUGAGCCUCAGACAAUCAUGGGUGUCUACCCUUAGGGCAAGCUAUUACAGGAACACUUCCUGACCUUGAAAACACAUUGACUUGCUGAAGUACUGUGUGAAGAGUGUGUCCUUUUUUUCAUUUUGCAAAAAGUGCAGAUUUCAAUAGAAAUUGUCACUUUUAUAAAUAAACUUUGUUACACCCCCCCUGGCUGUCAAUCAGACAACCGGUCCUGUCACUUCCUGGUUGUUUAGCUCAUUGAAGAUAAACUCAUGAGGCAGCAAUUGCUCUGAGCACCUGCCUUGCAAAGAAUUCUCAUUGAGCUGCAUUGGGAAGUCUGUGAUUGGACAGAAAAUCUGGACGAGGUUAGAAGGGUUUGUAAAGAGCCUGUAAGCUGUUUUUAUACCCCCAAUUAAAUAAAAUGCAGGUUUUUAUUGGAGGUAUAUCUGCUAUACAGUGAUCUUGAUUUAGUUUUUAUUUGGCAGUAAAGUGUCCAUUUAAGCUACUGAUAGUUAUAAAUAUCUCUUACACACUUUGUUUUGGACAAUUUGCAUAUUCUUAUAGUAACCUGCUGUUUAACAGUUAAUGCACACUCCACCCCUUGCUCACUGCACUGUACUGAUGAGAUCUGCUAUUUUGAUUUAUCUUUCUCUGGUCUCUGGAUUUCAUGAAAUGGGCAUAUAAAGGGGAACGUUCUCCCCAUUAACCCUUGGUGAUGGCUACAGUAGGUCCUAAUUGAUCUUUUACUGGAGUGAGACGUGCAGCGGAGGGAAGUAUGAAACACACCUACUUCUGUAGAAUGUUUAAAUGAUUAGCACCUUCCAUUUUCCAUUUUCCUUGAAUGCUGGGUAUCAUUUUUCAUGAUGUCACAUGUGCUCACACAUCACAUGCACAGAAUCAAGGGAAGAUGCCAGGCUUGGCUCACAUUCAAAUAACGUUUAAAUAACUAUUUGUUUAAUAAAGUGGGAUAUUCUGAUUGGCUGUUAUAACGUGCCAUUCCCUUCACCUUUACCUAACAGUUUAUGUUUUACAUGAUUAUUUCCUACAGUGAGAAUUCAAAGUGAAUUUGAAAUUUAAGGCCAGAGUAUCCGAACUGAAAGCAUUACUGACUUGGAGAAUUUUUUCAGUUUGACUAUUUUGACUUUAAAUUUGAAAUUGACCCUGAGUUAAUGUUUUAGUGCCCCUCCAAGCCAUGUUUCACUGGAGCAGGUGUAUGUUAUAUGUCCCCACAUAUCAGCAAAUGUUUCACCAUCAGACUUUGUCCUCAGGUCCCCAGCGUUCAGUUUCCUGGCGCAGUCUGUACUGGAGAACACUUUACAGAAUAUACUAAUUGAAGCCAACCGAGGAGAAGUGGCGCUUACAGCUCGUCCUCGCGUCAUUGCCCUGCCACCUGUCACACCCAGGUAACUCUCAAACACGUAUAUUCCAUAUUUCUUUACGGGUCUUUGGAUUCUUUCAUGACUAAUUGAGCGUAUGGCAUAAAUAGCCUUUUUCCUAUCAUAUUCUCCAUUAAUGUCUCUAUAAAUGUUGUUGCUGGGUGAUAGUAGGGGAUGAGAAACACCUUAAAGAUAUAAUCUAUACGCUGAAGAUCAGGGGUAAUCAGCAUGAAACGUAUUAGCCAUGGCUGAACUACUGCUCCCAGAACAUACAGAACACUUGCUCAACCAAAGCAAUGUUUAAACGAGAUGGUUUGACUUUGCACAACCCUCUGGCACUCAGUUGAAUUCAUUGACAGGUCUAUUGUAUUCUCAAUAUUCUAAAAAAAGAUAUUCUCAAUACCUGUCUGAAAAUUAAAGCAAAUAAAAAACAAAACAAAAAAACAAACGAAUAAAGUGUAUGAAAAUAGAUUUAAAAAAAUAACUGACCAAUUUUUAAAGGCUGUAAAACAUUAUAACAGGACCUUAACAAGCACAUGGUAGCUGUCCAUUGUAAAGGAACACUAUAGGGACAAAGACACAAACUUGCAUUCUUGACCCCAUAGUGUUAAACUAACUAUUUAGCCCCCCGCCUCCCCCUCUUGUCGCCUUAAAGCUAGUAAAACUUACCUUGUUUCUAGAACUGCGCGGGUCCACCUGCGCUGGCUCUGUCCCGAUCCCCUUCCUUGGCUGACAUCAUCAGUAUCGAUGAUCUCCGCCUAUCACAAUGCUUUUCUAUAGGAAGAGACUGCAGGAGCAUGAUCUAUACACCAAAACUGCUUCAUUAAGCUACAGUUGUUUUGUUGCGUAUUGUGUCCGUUUAAAGCAGCAGUAAAACCCAAAUCCCUUACAGUAUGAAUAAUAGUUUAAAAAAAAAUUAAUAUACCGAACCUGGCUCUACUCCAGAUCUCUUUAUCCAGGUCUAUUACACAAACUUACAUGACACUGACUACAUAAUUCAUGCCCCAUAAUCACAAUUACACAAUCAUUGAAAAUCAGUGUGUAUAUGAAGAAUUUAUAAAAAGUGUGCAUGUGAGCUUUAAAAUACCAGUGUGUAUGUGUAUGUGAACAUUGAAUCCCUGUGUGUAUGUGUAUGCGAGCCUUGGAUCCCAUUGUGUAUGUGUAUGCGAGAAGUGUGUGUUGUGAGCUUUUAAACCCAGAUGUGAGAUUUCAUGCUAAUUUACCAAGUACUUUAGAGCAGGUUCAUUCCAUGAAAUGUAACAUCAGUUUUCACAUAGUUUUAUUAAGGAAUUAUUGGCCAUUUAACUUAAGUUACAAUCUAGGCAUUCACUUUAACCAAACUCUCCGGUUCCAGCUGUGACAUUUCCUGCAGGAGAUGGACAGACAGAUGUGCUGAUAACAAAUAAAGAAUAAAUAAUACCAAUGUCUCUUUCUUUGACAGGGGGAUGAGUCCAAAUUCCAGAACUUGGUCAAUUGCCCUGGGCCAGCACAAAAGACCUAUCUCGUGUGUAACUGAGAGAAAUGAUCUUCAUGGUGGUGGUGGACGUGCCACCCCAUAGAAGGCCAACAGACAGUGUUUGUUCCUUUCACGCUGUGCGCACAUUGUGCUAACGUGUGACUUGGAUCUCUAACUAACCCAUGGUGUGAUGUUUAGUAGCUGAAUGGAAACAUAACGUUAAGAUGGAAAGUAACUAUGAUAAAUUUCCUUUUUUCAAGGCAUUUCAUUGAAAAGUCUCAUUUGUUUCCAGUUUGUGUUCCACAAGGAGGGAGAUUUAUGAAAGUGUCACAAUCUAAAAAGUGGUAAAAGUUCUAAAUGUGAAGUAAUCACCAUGGAAACCAGUGGUGAUUGCUUCACUUUAACAACUUUGCACCAAUUUUCAGAUAACUUCAGUUUGAUAAAUAUUCCUCAGAUUUUUGUAUUAUCCCCUGUUACUAAUCAAUGCCUUUACCAGCUAUCAUGUAGACUGUCAGGAGUCCUCAAACUGUGGCCCUCCAGAUGUUGCUGAACUACAACUCCCAUGAUUUACAUAGAUAGCCAGAGAAUAAUGGGAGUUGUAGUUCAGCAACAUCUGUGGGGGGGGGCGGAGUUUGAGGACCCCAGAUGUAGACUUUCUGGGACGGCCAUCAGGUGAUCCCCGGGUGUUGUAGAACUACAAUCUUACAAUUCUUUGUGAGCCUGGGAAAUACAUUUAGAACAUCCUUACUAUAAAUGUAAUAUAGUGUUUCACACUUUGCAAGAGUCCAGCAUUAAAUGUUGGGUAAAACAAAUGAAUUUGAACAUAGGGAAACCUGCUAAUUUGUUUCCUUCACUCUACAAACAAUAGGAGAUGGGGGCUGUCAUUACUGUAUCAGUCAGUGUAUAUGUCAGUGACCAUAUCUGGAGCUGUGUUAGGAUUGGCUGAAAGCAUCAAAGCAGCCAAUUAGAAUACAUCUUUGGGUUUAAAUGUGUCAGGAUUGUCCCUUUUCUGUGUCUUUUUGCAGUUCCCAAUACCGGCUUGAUAUGACACUGCAAACACAGACUGUAGCAGUUAUGGUGCAAGGAGGCUACGGUUACAGUGCCUCAAGUUUAAAACACCUUGCAUCCAAAGCCCAUGCCCUCUGUUUUGAGUUGUGAUGGGUAAGAAAGAUCCGGACAUGUUGACACGGCUGAAUUAGCGCAUGCUUGACAUUAAAUGCCCAUUUAAAUGCAGGAAAAAAAAGGCAAAAUAAGCAAGUAACUAACAUUCAUAUAUGUUUCUGAUAUUCUUUCUCACUAUGCUUUUAUUUAUUAGAUACAUUUAUAUUAAGGCAUUACUGACAGCUAAAAAAAAACAACCAAUAAAUUAUUAUCUGACCCAUGACUCCCUCUUCUGAUUCAGACUGGCCAGUUUGACUUUCUCCUAUCUACCAGAUUAUGUCUCAUGUUUAAAGCACACAUGUGCCCAUAUUGUGGUAAUAUCCCCUCAUUACAACACAUAUCAAUGUCUAACUCCCUUCUGUGUCUCCUCUCCAUUGUAUUCCAAGCUGUGACUGUGAAGGGUGAGAUGUGUUUAUGAGGUUUUGAUAUAAACAAAAUUUGUGUUUUAUGCAAAACUGUGGCUAAGCCUUACAGACUCGUGUCUCUGUGUUUAUGAGGUUAUCAGAGAGCAAGGUGUGUCACAGCUGCAGAGCUUGUGAUCUAAGCUGACCAUUUUAACCACGCGUAGCCUACUGAACACCCAUAGGGAAUUAUUCACUAAACACCGAACUACCACAAACAAACCUAAAAUACAACAUUCAGGAAAGAAAAUGAUUGAUUUACAAAAUCAGCCUAAAAUAGCCAAGUUGGAAAACUACAUAAUUAUGAUGACUUUAUGUCACUUGUUUAGUGAACAGACCCCUACUUUUACCUGCAUCCAGGUCACGGAUUAAGAGACAACGUUUUGACCACCUUCCUGGUCUUCCUUGUCUAAAACAUCUAAGGCUCAGACACUCUUUCUACUCUGGCCUUUAUUAGUUUUCUCCCCUGCCCAUCCCCCUAUGAUCUACAGCCCAUGGUGUACCUUGCCGAGCAGGCUGCACACACUCUAUCUAACCGUCCAACCGGAUCUAGAUUUGGACAGGAGCCCAGUCAUUAUUGCAGCUAGAUUUGUUCCAGACAUUUCAGAUCAUUGUUCUGCCAGAGCAGGGGAGUGCUGUUUAAAUGUUAAAUAAAAC